AAAACCUUUGCGUCUUCUCUGACGUCACCGCCCUCUGAUCAUCCGAAAUCCCUGAUAACGCGACGCGCGCUCCCGCUCGGCUCUGAAUGGGGGCUCAGUCCGGCUUCUGACAACGAGUCGAGUCCGGUAGUGUAACCGUAGACGCCACGGUCCCCUCCAUCCUGUCAGGUCCGCUCUUUUUACAGUCACACCGGUUGAUAACGGCUCUGCUCCUCCAGUAGUAGGCAUACAUCCAGGUAGUCUAGUACCGCGCUGACAGUCCAACUAGUUCGGUCAGACUCUUCUUCUCUUCUUCGCCCGGCAAGUUAGAGUAGCAACUGACGGGCGGAGCUGUCUCUGUCUGUCCAGGAAUGAGAAAUGAUGGCCGGCUCUACAGCAGAGGAGAAAACCUUCCGACGGUUCCUGGAGCUCUUUAUCCGGGAGAUGAGAAUGCCUCUGCAGGAGAGCGACCCGGUGCCGAUGCGCCCCUUAUCAGACCUGGUGACCGAGGACGAAGUGGAGGGGGAAUGCUUGGACUUGUGUCUCCAACACCUCUACAAAUAGUUAAGUGACCACUUUCUGUCAUGGCAUGUUUCUAUUUCCGUGUGUUUUUGACGCCUGUGAGUGAAAUGAACUCACUAUGGUUGAGGCUGAACGACCGUUUGUUUGUUUGUUUUGACCGUUAGUGAGAACAGUGGAGGUUAAGGGGCUCCGACCCUGUGCUGCUGGGUCUACUUUUUAAUAUAAACCGCUCCACCUUCACUCAAACCUCUCUGGGUGUGUCCAGAUCCAAGUUUGGACAAGUGUCACCUCUGAAAUGUUUAGAAGAAUCACAUAAAAAAAAGCAGAAGUAAAGCGCUGAGUCCAGGUCAGCGUCGUUUUCAUACAGUGUUUUGAAUAUCUCGACAAUUCCAGAGAUGUCGUGCCUCACAUUUUGCGCCAGUGGUGACAGACAGACAGUGCUGCUGCUGCUGCUGCUGGAGGUCUCAAAAAAGGUGAACCCCUGGAUUUGCGUAACAGUACGACGUCAUGAUUGUGUAGGAGGGAGGAAGCCAUCGCCAUCACUGCUGAGCGCAUCUUCAUGCAGGCUAAAAAUAGCACCACCGCUUACGUUAUUAGCCUCGAUCGUUAGACUGAUCGUUACGCUUUAAAAACGCGAGACGCAAGACUAACAUGUCACGGACUAAGAUGCUGCUUUCUGGACGUUAUUGCUGAUGAUAUUUUGCACUUUAAUGAGAUUGGUAUAAUUAAAAAAGGGGGGCUAAGAAGGAAAAAACACCUCUCAAGAUGUGUUAUUCAUCAAGAUCAGAUAUUUAUGUUACUGCACUAUGGGGUAGUUUAGGUUGUGGAUGAACUUAUGAAUGCAGAAGAUGUAUGCAUUGAAAAAAGGGGAUUUUCAUGUGCAUGCUGUUGACAAAAAAGGUGAUGUGCACAUUUUGAAUUUGAGAGCAACCAAACUCUUAUUGCACUAUUGUUGCACUACUUCAACCCUCUUGUGUCUAGGGUAUAAUUGGCCGUUUUGAACUACUUUUGAUUUUACCUUUAUAUUUCCUCUUAAAAACUGUUAAACUUGCCUUACUUGGUUUCAUUUUUACAGCACAACCUCACCUGUGUGAAUUUACAGUUAUUUUAUCAUUUUCACAUACUGUAUUAACCUAAAUUCGCACACAAAACACAAAAUCCGAGUGAAAAAAGUAACAUUUUUUACUGCGAAAACCAUAAAUAUGUUUAACAAACUUUUUACACUGCAAAUAUAAAUUGUGAACUCCAAAACAUAUGUACAAUUUUAGCAAAUAUCACAGUAAUUUACCAUUAUUUAUGCACCGAACAUGACGAAAAUAAUCAGGAUAAGUACGACGUACAUAAUUUAUCAUAACUCUGGUUUCGUUUGGUCUAUCAACAAAAUUCAAGUUGUGUCCAUUUGAAGUUGAAACGGAGACUCAGCGAGGCUCAGUCUUGCAGCUACAUCCUCUUAAAUAUGUCACAUGAUUUUGACGCCCAGGAGCAUCAAUCGACUCCAGAGGGUUAACCAAGGAAACACCUCAUAAUGCAUUUAGAAUACAAAUGGCACACAUGGUUUACUCCGGGUACUCCGGUUUCCUCCCACAUCCCAAAAACAUGCAGAAGUGGGGUUAGGUUAAUUGCCCGUAGGUGUGAAUGUGAGUGUGGAUGGUUGUUCGUCUCUGUAUGUCAGCCCUGCAAUGAACUGGCGACUUGUCCAGGGUGUCCCCGGUCUUUGCCCGAAGAUGCUAGGAUAGGCUCUAACAAGAAUAAGUGGUAGGAAAUGGAUGGAUAGAUGGCACACAUGAUUUUCAGUGUUUUUAAUACAUAGAUGUGGACAAACUUGUGCAGAAGCAGUGAUACUGAGAGGAGUCUGGCUGAGAGAGUUGCCCUGAGCUCUGAUGCCUGGCCUGGUUUUGAAUCUAAAAUAGGUGCAGAAACUGUGCUGGGAAGAACAGGGUGGAAGGAUUUCAUCUAGGGCAACCAGUGGCUAGGGGACUGCUGCAUGCAUGUACGUAUGUCCCAAGAAAUAUGAAGUGACGCUACCACCCAGUUUGCACGUAGACCCCCAUAUAGGCUCAUUAUACUGUAUGUACUCUGCCUCACAGAAGGUCAGAUGCACUCCAGCAGUGAUUGUGAGCAUAUGUUGGUGGCAGGGUGGAUCUCAUGCAGCCAGUAGUGCUGUCAGGUGUUUUCACUGAGCUGAAGAGCAAGGAUGCGUUCGCACAUCCGACCUGUUGGAGCAGAUCAGAUCAACACCUUCGUAUUGCCUUUGUCACGAUGCCCAGGCUUGAUUGACUGGUGAAUAUAAGGUCAUUGAGCAUCUAACACUCAACAUCCUGCACAGCUCACCUUCCCUUCCCCCAAUUAUACACCGACAGCCUGCACACAAACACACAAACACACACACAUAUGCCUGCUGAUGGAAAAAAAAAUGAAAGGAGAUUUUUAUAGGUUUUGCGCUGUUAGAGAUUCAUUUUGUAACCACAUCUCCCAUGAUGUUUAAAUAUUGUGUCUAUCUAUCAGGUAUUUGAUUUAUAAUAUAAUAGCCAAAGCCAAAACAGACACCCACUUGGGGCUAUUUGGUUACCUUCCCUGAGGAGGUUCUGUUUUAUGUGUCUUAUGUUUGUCUGCAGCAUUAGAACAAAAAAACCGAAACAGUUUUUAUGGGACAAGGUUAAACAUCCACAGAAUAUCAAAUGUGUUCAUAGGAGCUCUGUCUCAAAAGUGAGGUGAGUGAAGAAGUGGCCCCUUCAACCUGCACUUGUUCUAACACGGGGACUCUAUUGGUUUGAUAAGUCUAGUUAAAAAAGAGAUUCAAAGAUUAUCCUAUAUCUGUUUACUAUCACUAGCUUCAAGGCUUCUUUAUGCUAUUAAAAUGUUUACUUUGCAAUCACUUGUUUCAUCUGAAGUAAAUAUUAUGAUAGAGGCAGGUUAGUCUUUAAGGCAUGGCGACAUGAUUUUGAAUUGCUACCAUACAACCUACCAACCUGGAAUUAAAUAUGGUUACUCCUGUCUUCAAAUGAGAAGAUGCUGUCGGAAACGCAAAACUCAAGGCUCACAACAAUGGUCCAUUUUGAAGCCUUGAAAUGACAAAAGAACUCAGAGAAUAUUGGAGCCAAUCCAGAUCCAAUAUCAGUAAUAGCAGACAGGACUUAAAAACUAGCUGAGUCUAUUUAUCAGGCAGAUAAUGACAACAAAAAAAACCCUUCAGGCUCAAUCUUCAUCAUACACUGAAAGGGUAAAGCAUGGGCCAACAGUGAAGCCAUUGAGUUUAGGAACAGGUCCAACUCACAGAGCAGCAAUCAUAUUAGCCAGUCCGUCACACACAGGCAGGCCUUGGAGGAUGUCUGCACUCUCUAAGUGGCCCUCUAGUCCAGUCUGACAUGUUAUCUGUCGUCUACCGCACUGUUGUGAAGUAAUAUUACUCACUGUGUUUAAAGAUCUCAAUAUAGUAUUUGCGUAGCUUCACUCACAGAUGUUCGAAGGGAAGUACCAUGUGUGGGGUCUAACAAGUAUAGUAAUUUAAGAAAUUAACAAUUGGAUCAUUUUAGGUACAUUUGUAGCUACUUGUGUUUUUUUUCUCCACUUCUUUUCAUGACCACAUCCACCUAUCUCUGUUGUAAUUGACGUCCAAGUGUGAUAACAAAAUGCUUUUUACACAGGCUGGAAAAGGGACGUGUGCAUUUCGCUGUGUAGUGUCAUCAGCAUAAUCAGCAUUACUGAUACUUUAAACACACUUCGAUUGAUUUUGCCAAGAAAACCGAUGCCAAAUGUUCAUUCAGGACUCUGUGAUGGAGUCUGUUGCACAUAGUGGCACUUCUCUCUUUAGUGUGUCUAAAUAAAGGACCUGAGUACUUCUUUUAUUCCCCCGGAGAAAUACAAAAGAAAAGCUCAUUUUAUAACCAACUCCCUGGGCUCCCUUACAACAACAGCGCUCUUGAUGCUGAACAAAGCUGAGACAAGAAAAAAAUGUGUGAUUGCACGAUGACCGGGUGUUGUAAUUUUUUCCACGGACAGCUCUCAAAAUCUGCAUGAAUGUGUGUUUCCUAAUGUCGGUGUUGCUCCUGUUCCUGAUCAGGUUAGGCUGGAAGUUGUAGAUGCUUCAAUCAUUUCAGUGGAAUCCAUCCAGUCUGGCUCGGUGUAAUGGUUAUUCGCCAAACAUACAAAAUAACUGCAGCAUACCUCUUAAGCAUUCUCUGUAAACUGCCCCUCUCCCUCUCUUUGCUGGCGAGCAUUUUAUACAGUGCAUUUGGCUCUUUGGAGUCUAUGAUUCACUCUUUGGCCUCUGUCCACAAAACCGUUUAUCUUAAGAGACCCAACCAGGAGCUGCUGCGGCUCACAAGGUCAAAAGGGACACUCAUUUCUGGCUCUUUAAUGCACACAAAUUUUUAAAGCUGGUAAUUUUUCUAUCUAGGACCAGAGGAAAGGGUAGAAAUGUACCCAAAUCAGAGGGAGUCAUCUUCUUUGAUUAUGGUUGUCCUAUAUUGUCAUCCUCUGAAACACAAGGGCAUCACCCAUUUAACAAAGUGGCCAAAAAAAUGUCAUAGCCAUAGAAAUUAUGACUUCCUUCUGUUAGAAGAAAAGGAGGAGGUUAUGUGAUUGAGUGUGCGUGUUAAGAAGUAAGGGCAGAUGGGUCUUCUAAGUAGCUUUCCAACAAUAUUGAGUGCUUUUAACCGUAGCAAGAUUUGUUAAUAAAGGUGUAGAUUGAGGACUUAGAGGACAGUGGCCCUUAGCCUUAACAACAAAAUCCUCCUAACCCCGUCAUGCUAUCAUCUGAUCUUCAAUACAUCUGUUAAAAUAAUCAAGAUAAGUUUAAAAUAAUUUACAGAUAUGCACAAAAAAGACUGCAAUGACUUGAAUGCCACAUUUACAGUCUCAUAAGCUAGUCCACCAACCAGUGGAUGACGUAAAUACUAUACUUUUAACUAAAUAAUAGUGUAAUCAUCAUCCUCAUAUUGUGCAGGGCCGAGAAAAUUGUAGGUAAAUAACUUAAAUUUUGAACAAGUGAUGUUGUCCUGUAGGUGGCGUCAUAUGUACUGUCACGACUUCUCUGUUUCACCAAUAAAAAGCAGUUGGAUUUGAUUUUCUCGCUUUAGCUGCCUUUCUCAAACACGUCAGCACAUCCAGGCACAGAGUGUUUUGACACGAGUAAAAUGAGCCCUCGGUGUUUGGCUGGAGUCAAACCUGCAGUCUCCUUCCUCUGAUACAGGAGCAACAGGGAUCAUGUGUCCAUUUGUAUUCAAAGCUGAUACUUGAUCUAAUGCAUCACUUAUGUGCCCAUUAGUGUGGUCUGCUGCCAGUUAAAGCUGUGCUCUUUGUGCCCUCAGAGUACAAUGAAAAUGUACUUGUGACAAAGUCUGAUGCGUGUGUUUCUUUGACAUUUCUUUAUAUAAUACCAGUUGUCAUAGUAACAACAGCCCUGGCGUCCUUGCACAGAGUAGUAAUAAUGGUAUUUCGUUGUAUAGCCUGUAUUCAGCAGGCAGCUAGAUGACCAGAUUUCUUCACUCUGGCAGGUUAAUAAAUGGGCUCCAGACAGCAGCAGGACACCAAGUUCCUUGGAUGUCCUGAAUUCAGUCACUGCUUAUUAAGUCACCGCUUGUUGGUGCACAUCUUGUCCAUAAACCCUCCUUGUACCAUAUGAUCUUUUUCAUCUCUUUUAGAAAGACACAGUAUAGUGGUUAUAGGCAUACAACACAAGUCCAUGUUUAAUUCACAAGAUUUGAAAGACUUUGGGGUAAAAGCAGCUUCUUGAGUUGUCUGUGAAGGUCACUUAGGCUACGUUCACACUGCAGGUUAUGAUGCACAAUUCGGAUUUUUUGUUAAAUUCGAUCUUUUUGUGCGGUUGUUCACAUUACAACAACGAAUGCGGCAUUGAAUGUGAACGGAAUGCGUCCGUGAAGUGACCUGCAUGCACACAAAGCACAAAUUGCUUUCCGUGCCUGUUUGUGUUGUUAAACAAUGGUGAGGUUUGUCGCAUAUUGAUGACGUAUAGGUCGGAUGAAUGCGACCCGAGCGUCCACACUGCUGUCACAUCGGAUACAUAUCCGAUUUAUAUCCACAUACAAAAGAGGCCUGGGUCGGAUUUGAAAAAAUCAGAAUUGCACUGUUCACACUUAGAUGAAAAAAUCAGAUAUGUGUCACAAGAUAUGUGUUAAAAAAUUGGAAUUGUGGUGGAAAAGUGGUGAAAAUGAUCAAAACAGCAAAGUUAUGGGCCGGACAAAACAACCUGCUGAAAGAGGCCAAAAGAAUUUGGUUUCGCCCUCUAACACCCUGGAUCAUAAUUCAGCAAAAGUCAGUUGCAAAGCAGCUCUGCGGGAUUUUAGGUCACCCUUUUGACCAGAUAUUCAAGUACAGGUGAGAAAUAUAUAUUUUUUUUUAGUUUGUUUUUGUGCUUUUAUGCCUUUAAUUAAAAGAUCAAGAAAGAAACUAGGACCAGAGAGUGGGGAAUGACAUGAAACAGAACAUGACCCUGGUUGUCUACUUAAAGAGCCUUGCCUGUGAACAUGGAGUAAACGAGUUACACCAGUGAUUACACUUUGGUUAGUGGAUCUGUCCAUUAUUUUCAUGAUUAACUCCUUGUUUGGUCUGUUAGAUAUGACAGAAUUUUUGUAUUGUUACUAAAGCUACAAGAAAAUGUUGUAAUUUGAAGGAAUCACAUUCAUUAACCGAACUCCCUGAGUAUUGUAGCUUUAACUUUGUCAGUGUUUUAUUGAUGAAUUCAAAUUGAAUUUGUUUCACCCUUUUAAGCCCUAAUAUGUCCCUCAGUUAAACAGAUAGUAUUGAUUCAGCACUGAAGCUCUCCUUUGUCUUCCACACUGCUUGGAGCUCACUGGGAUAUUUUUAUGGUAAUAUGAGGCCGUGCGCCGCCGUAGCAAUAUAAACUGAUUCAAGAGCCUGCUGUGACAGAAAUGAACGUGGCUGCAAAGAGAAACCAAGAGGUUGAUAUAAACAAUUCACCCACUUGAUAUUGAGUUUGGACUCAUGAUGGUCCCUGAUCUGCUGAUCUGCAAUCACACGUUCUACCAAAAAUAUAAAGUGUGUGCUAACCAACCAGUUCAAACCAGUUAUUUCAAGACAUCCAGACCUCAUUUUGAUUUAUUAAACUGUUGAAUUAGAGAGAGCAAAAUGAAACAACAGUGGACUGAAACCACUUUACACGCGGGGCUUGAGCCUAAAAAGAUGAAGCUGUCAUAUUGUACAAUAGAAUGGUACAGAGCUGUAAUAGUGUUUUCAUUGUUUGACGUACAUCCCUUUAGCCUCCUGCUGACAUGUUUUGAUACAUAACAGGUCAAGCGGGAGAUGACCUGAUAGUAGCGAGCUAAAAGGGGGGUAUGUUGCCACCUACCAUGACAGAGGAGGACAUGCUUCUGUCAAUAAUUCCAUUUUUGCCUGUGCUUGUAAACUGGGGCAAGGUCAGUGGUCCAGUUAAACUACUUAAUGGAGCUGUAACUGUAAACAUACCGAUUUGUCAUGAUGUUAAUGAUCUUUGAAUACCCUGCAAACAACUACUAAACAGUUAAGUAAACCUCUAAAGUGUUUCCAUAAUCCAGACUUGAAAUCAGCCUUCUUGAGAACUUAAGAUGGAAAGCUCACUAAACAUCUUAGACUUGAUGGCAUCUUAGUCAAAAAAUAAUGAUAAGAUUUAUAUAUUAAGAGCCUGUCACACAGGGAGAGAAGUCAAAGGUGCUCUUUAAUUCAAAGAAGUAAAGGAAAGUGACACUAAACAACCAAAUUAAGAAAAAGUAAAAUGAGACACGGUGAAACCAAGCAGUAAAAAAAGUACUAUCUCACCUGGCACCAAAACGUGAGAAGAGGAACAUGAUAGGAUUGUUAAAUAUGAGAGAUGUGAGAAUGAAAAAACAAAAACUUCUCGUCACGGACACGUCUCAGCUGCCACCAUAAAAAUACUAAGGUCAUCGGACGUCAGAAAGGGGGUGUGUGAUGAAUCACAUUUUUGCUCGUGUCUGAGGGAAACCUCCAGACAUGUGCCUCUGCAGUUCAGAACUUUCCCAGCACAGUUUGUGAGCCUAACUGAUGCUCUGCGCGCGUGUGUGUGUUUGUGUGUUUGUGCGGUGGCCGGCAUCCUCCGUGGAUGUCUACAGGAGCUGUACGAUGAGUGUAAUGAUAGUUGGAGGCAGCAGCUCUGGUGAUUCAUCCCAACGUGUCAUUAGUUUGUCUCUGGGUUGAACAGCUAAUAAUAGACUUCUGCAAGAAGAGAGAUCCCCUCUGUGUGAGAGGGAGUGUUAAUAAGGGGCGGGCGAGGCACUUGUGCUUAGAACGAGUUUGGGGGUGUGGACAGAGCUUGUGUGUCUGUGUGUGUGUCUGUGUGCGUGCAUGUGGGAAAUGAUGCCAGUUAAGUUUUAAUCCAUUUUCCUCCAGGCAUCUGGGAGUCACAUCUGAAAAGAAGAGGAUGCAGAGUGAACAAAGCAUGAGAGAGACAGAGAGAGAGUGAGAGAGGGUAUGUGGAUGGUUUACUCCCAUGUAUGACUUAAAUUAUGCUGCUGUAUAAAUAAAACAAGUAAAGACGUGUAUAGAAAACCAGGAUGUUGGCUGAAGUGAAUGAACCACCAUUUCUGAGAUGGAGUCACUGAAGUACCACUUUAAAUCAUGUAGAUCCUGUUUUAUAAUGAAAUAUGAGACCUCCGAAAAACUAACAGUUUGAACACAGUUUAUCAGCAACAAAAUUUAAACUACAAAUGAAAUGAGUUAAAUUUUUGACAUUAAACUAAAGUCCGGCUCUUUUUCAUCUCAUGAACCAGUGGUUCAAAUAGUGAUGGGCACGGCAGUUCUUUUAGAUGUACUGAAUCACUAGAAUCAGUUCCCUAAAAUGAUUCGUUCAAAAGAUUCAUUCACUGAUACACGGCUGAACAGUUCAGGAUUCAGUUCAAUUCAUAGCUUCAGGGACCAGGAAACAAGAGUGUUUGGUUGUGUUACUUUGGCAAACAGGUUUGUAAAAAUGAACUUGUUUAUAAGUCAUGAUGUUUUAAGUGUACUGUCCUAUGGUAUGUUAUUUAUCAGGUCUGCUCAGUAAAUUGGGCUCAGUGAGUGAUUAAUUCACUGAAUGUUUAAAAGAAUUCACACUGAACAUGCACCGUUCCCUCGCAAACCGCUGCAAUGAUAGGAUGCUGCAGGUUUUAUGCACUAACUUGUUACAUGCUGUGUCCUGUUGUAUGCAAGUUGUUGUGUUGGCAAUUUAGCAGUGAAAAAAAGAAACAGAGUCUUGUGCGACAAAAAUGAUUCCAGAGAGUGUAGUUCAAUGCGUGAUUCGUUUACCAAGUGAUUCAGGCGUCGGUGCAUGCGGUCCCUUGUUCACCGGCUGCUCGACUGGCAGUGCUGCGUGUUAUAGCAACUUCGCUUCUGACAGCUCAACUGAAGUGAGAAACGAACGAAUCACUUGAGGAAGUCAUUUGGUACAUUCACUGAAAAGAUUCGGUUCUUUUGAACAAAUCGUCCAAGAACGACACAACAAUAGAUUCAAACCAAUAACUCCUUGAUUUAUGAUAGCAAGGGAGGGAGCAAAGAGUCCACCAGCAGUACUGAUCACUGAUACUACAAGGACAUGAAGUUAACUGUCUGCCUUGCAGCACUUCUCUUUAAAUGAAAUGCUUUCCAGAUAUCAGACGACCCACCUCUCCUUGGAGCGCUGGUUCAAUCAACUCCCUGACCAUUUGCUUUCCCCACUUUCUGCUCUCCAUAUUUCCUGUCUCUCUUCGAUUCAAUGAACGAUAAAAGGUUUGCAAAAACACUCCAUUAGUGAACACAGGCCCUUAUUCGUGCCUUUUUCAUUAGACAAUCAUGAAUAGGUUGACAUGAAUAGGACCUCCAUUCAGACUCCCAUCAAUGAACAUAAACUAGGCUGAAGAUUUUUUAUUGAAAUAUCCCCCUUUGUCUUCGAACCGACUCAAGGGUAAAACCGCCUUCACUGAAAAUGUGCUGUAAAAGCUCGGAGUGGCUUUGGCAGCCAUUAGAACUGAUUGUUUCUUUUUUAAUUGACAAACCUUUUGUGUGGGGAAAAAGCCCAGCAAAUUUGAAAUGGUUGAUUUUUUUCCCUUUGUUGUCAGCCUUUUUACGUGAUAUUAACACGGCAAAUUUGGAUUGGUGUAGACAGAUGGUCUUUAACUGCUACUUUGGUGUAAAGGAGAGUUUUGUGUUCAGGCAGUUUUACUACAGCCUGAACUCGACGUUGGUAUCGGGCUGAUCUUCCGUCCUUAACGUGAAGUUAUUGUUAUUACAUAACAGAUUGUGACAAGUCAGUUUCUAGGAGCUUUUAGCCAUGCCAUGCUGUCUUACUCCUCUGUGUACAAUGACUGAGGGUAAAAAGGGGCAAACAUAUUUAAGUUAUUCAGAAUCCCCUGAGGUGACAGCCUGAGAUGAUUUGGCAGGCAGACAGUAUCUCUGCGCUGCAAGUGCCUGCUGGGACUACUCCUGACCUGACCCUAACCCCGAUAGCAUGUAAGCUAUCAAGCUAACAAAGAGAAGGAAAAGUAGAGUGUGGGUUUUUGAAUUGGUUGUGUGCUUUUCACAUAUCGACAGAACUGCAUUUGUAAGUCUGUUUGGAGCUCUGUGUCUUUUUGUUUUUUGUAGGCAGAAAGUGUAGAAGGUGUGUUGGUGGUGUUAGAGGUUUAUGCUGAACCGUGGGGAAAGUCUGUUGAUUUUUUAAAAUAAAUGUAGAUUGAAAUUUAGUUUGGUAUCAGGAUCAGCUCACAUUAUUAUUCACACAGUCACACCGGAGAGUAAUAUGCAAUAAGUUAGAUGCUCUGAGCUGUUGUCGGACUUCAUUGAGUGUUUGCCCGGUCGGCUGAUGAAUUGAUGAUGACUCGAAGAGGAGAGAGUGGGGGAGUUUAAUGACCCUUUACACACACACACACACACACACACACACACACACACACACACACACACACACACACACACACACACACACACACACACACACACACACACACUUAAAGCUGAUAGACAAUAAUUGAGGGGAGAGCCUUUCUAGACCUCAUUAAACAGAAAUGUCUCCACAGCUGUGAAGAACUAGGGGGUAGAUCCGGCUUCCUGUGGCACACACAACACACUGAACACCUACACACACACACACACACACACACACAAUCAGAUGAGUAGGUGGUGUUAGUCGAGCUGCCUGUGGUGGAUUUAUUGGAGGAUAAAGCAUGAACUGUAAAAAUAAGACAUCAAUGAUAGUGUAAUUGGAGGGGGAUAUGAACUGGUUCAUCAUGACAGCCAUCUUCAAACCCGCUGUUUUAUGACAAGUAGUUUGCCUAUGACUAACAUCUGCUGAUUAUAGGCACCAUGGACCAAACGGAUAAUAACAUGUUUUACAAUUAAAUGAUGAUGACUGUAGAGCUGAAGCAUUUCAGUUUUUUAACAAGGUCAGUUUGAAGGGAAAUUCAUUUGUUAUAGUCCACAAAUACAGAAAAUUAAAGCUUUUUAUGGUUAUGAACUGAAAUCAAAACGGAUGCCUCUGAAGCAACAAACAGUUUUAAGUAGGAGAUAAAUAACUCUAAACGUCCUUUCACACCGGUAGCGUUUUUUUCGUACAGUUAUUUUGGAUGUCAAUUAAUUUUUCCGAACCCGUAUCCUGUCAAUACAAGCAAUGUUUUCCUGUCCUGCGAUACUGCGGCAUUUAUUUUUUCAUAUCAUGGUCAAAUUUUGUAAAGUUUCGCAUACUGUGUGUCCACUUCUGACCAAUCAGAUUGCAUGUUGUUGCGACGUCUGAUUCACCAGUAUAUCCAACAUCGCUGACCGGCUGAUUGUUUACGUGUCGGAGAACAGAGUACUUUUUGAUAAAAAACACAAAUACUACAAAGAUAACGACCUGAAGGACAACUUGUGGAGAGUCAUAGCGUUGGAUUUCUCACAUGACGAUUAUGACGACUAACUGUCCUUUGGCCUGAAAGUGACAGUUAUCAGACUUUGGCUCAGAUAUUUUACUGCUAGAAGGGGUCAUUGUUUAUAUCUGGCUUUACUAUUCUAUCUCUGAUGUUACCCUAAUGUUACCGCUACACCUUGUUGCAUAAAGAUGAUCAACCACAUUGACACUCAGUGAUGAUCGAACCACUUAAGUCUUGUCCUCUAGUUCAAGGUCGUGCAUGCUUUGUUUAGAACAAGCAAACCCCCAAAGGGCUUCACUAAUGAGGGCUUCCCUCAGGCCGUCCUGCAGAAGUAGGAUGCUGCACAGGAGAGAGGAAAUACUGCCAAUACAGGAGCAUGUAGCAGCAUUAAUGUCCACCUGCCCACACACUCUUAUCACUCCCACACUCCUGGGUCUGUACUCGCACGAAGCUUAAAAAUCUAAGUGACCAAUUCAGCUGUAGUACUGCAGAGUAAUCUGUGUGGAAUAGACAUCCUAAUUAAUGAGCCAUGGAUGCACUUUGGGCUUCAAAACGGCAUUUAAUCUGCGGAUAAAGCGGAUAACGAUCAAUGAUGGAAUACUUGCUAAUGAAUAAAAAAUGAAUUUAAUGGGAAUAAGAGAUUUGUUGUCCUCUAGAUAGAGUGGUGCUAUUGUUACAUUUUCUAUGUAGGGAUUUUAAUCCUCUUGUCCCUCUAUCAGCCCAAAAUACCAACUUUUUUUUAUUUUAGCGUACUUGCUUCAGUUGUUUUUGUUUUCCAAUGAAACGGUUCAUGUCCUGUCAGGAGGCUUUUUUGUUUUUUCAAAGAGGUUCUUGCAUGUACACAACGUUUGUUCUCGUGAAGCUGGAGUGUGAUGCAAGACUCCAGUCCCAGUUUUUGGUUGUUGUAAUUGCAGGCUGGGGACUGUUUUGUUCCUAUGAACCAUCCUUUGUCAUUUCAAACUGGCUAACAUGCCGUAGUCACAGAAGAGCACGUUUUAUCACUUGCAUCCCUCCUGGAGUAUUAAUCAUGUCUGAUGAUGUCCCACCAGUAGACCACUUUGUCAUAACUUAUGAUUCUGUUAUGAUCACAGUUGGUUCAGUGUAGGGUAACACUGUAGAAAAGAAUGAAGAUAUUCACAAAUCAUCUGCUCCCUCAGGACAGUUGCUAAUAGGAAGACUGCGCAGGCUGCAGAGGAGAGACAUUUAUGAAGUUUUAUUAGCUGAGGGUAAAAUGGCUGCACUGUAAAAAAGUCGCUCGUAUCCUUCAAAUUAUGUUCUUGAGCCCCAGGCAGGGAAGUUCACUGUGAUUUUUUUCCUCCUGUCCAACCUCAGUGGGCCUCACAUGCAAAAAUAAAUAUUGAAGUACCAAAAAUAUGAUUACAAUAGAAAGACAGAUGAUUUUAAAGAAAAAAGUGGACCUCGAUUGGCACAAAAAGAGAGAGUACCAGAUCUAUCCUGGUGUGGCAACAAUGAAUAUUUAACUGUAGUCAGAAAAAAAACUGAACUUUCACUUCACUUACAAAAGAAAAGUCUUCAAAACAUUCAGGGUGGUUGUUUCCCAAAUGUACAGACUUUUAGCUGAGCUAAUCUUAAUAUCAUUCAAAGCUUAAUGUUUAAUACAUGUACAUGUAUAUCAGUUUUUAAGAUUUAUUCUUACAUUUGAAAAAAAUAUUUUAAAAAAUACGCUUUUUGAACAUAAAAACUGAUUUAAAAAUUGUAAAACAAAAAAUUGCGGUACUUAUGUGAAUCAAUUUUUUCUCCCACCCCUACUUUACAUACAUACUUGAACACUUUUCAAGAGAUGUUUUAACAUUUUUUAAAUUACUGUUUGAGAACUGUUAGUUUGAAGCAGGUUUACCUGUUUAUUUGCACAAAGAGGGUAAGAAGUUUUUUUUUUAAAGUGGGUUUGGGUACAUUUUAUGCCUCUGCCAGGGAUUUGUUGGUCAGAAAACAAGACAGGAAAAUAGGGACAAGACAAGGAGAUUUACAUAAAACAAGGUUUUCUGACAUGGUGGUCAGUAGUAGGGCAAUCUGGGCUUUUCAUCUCAUAAAAGAUGUCUGUUGGCCGUCCACCAGCAGGAUGAAGCUGUAGUCAUGGAUUAGACCCCGGAGCAUAUCUGAAAAUAAGUUCCCCUUUCUGCUUUAAUUAGAACAUAUAAAGUCACAGGCCAGACCAGACCCAGCAGAGGAAAGGUUUCUCAGCUUUAGAUACAAAAAAAAAACUCUGUGUCUAUGAUCCUGAGUAAAUCUGCAGACCAGACCUCAAAAUGGAUCUGCAGAGAGGAAAUGUUGGACGGUUUUGUCACUCCACAGCAGACAAAUCAGACCAUCCGUUUAAGUCCCACAUGUACUGUCUCAGAAUGAAGUGGCCUCCUUUUUUAAGCUGAACUAGUUUCAAAGACAAUGGGUUACAGCUCUCAUCACAGUCAUUGUAUUUGAAACAACAUCAGACAUAUCCACCACUACUCUUGUGAUAGCUGCCUCAAACCAUGAACAAAGCACGACUCUGUGAGCAGCCGGAGCUUUCAUUUAAAGUCAACAUACACUGCAGCACAGAAAAGCGUGUUUGCAUGGUAUUUUUGAAAGUCCUACUUUUCACGCUACCAUCUGUCUGUCCACUGGCUUUUCACUGUUUAAUCAGAGCAAUAUGAAGCCAGGAGAGUUGAUCCCCCUGGAGAUGUAUAUCCUCCGAGGCUUCUGGGAAGUAACUGUAUGACUUUCUAGAGCAGCUCUCUGAAAAUUAAAGCGGUAUGAUUCUCCGUCAGGCCCUUUUUCUUCUUCUUGAAGGGGGUUUUCUUUGACUUUGAAGCAUCAUUUUUAAGAGAAGCGCAGACCUGGGAAUGUACUCAAAAUAAGGUCAGCGCCUGAGGCAUUGCAAGAGUGACCAGUGCUUAUCGUCAAUAUGCUGUCAGCGUUUUAACUUCAGCCAUCUUUGUUUUGGCAGGUUUUCCUCAGUGAAGUCAUCCGUCCAAUUUCCUCUCCUCUUUUGCCUUCUAGCUCCGGCCUGGGCUAUCCCAGCCUUUGAAAUUAGUUGCAGCAGUAAUCCUUUAAUCAGAGCGUCUCACUGGGAUUACCACAGAGGCCAGCCUCAGUUACUGGCUUCCACUACCACUGGCAAUUGUUGAUCCUACAGCCUUUGAUUCGCACAGCAUCCGCCAACAAGUGCAGACACGAAACAAUCGCAGUGAGCGGUAUGAAUUAAUGUGACCUCGCUUACUCAAAGGUCAGUGUAAUAAACAUUGAGUUAUGUGCCAUGGGUGAACAGAAUACAAUUUCCUCUAUUAAAUUGUUCUGUUGAUUUUAUUUACCAAUGACAGGAUUCAUGUUACUGUAAUUAGGCCGAAAUAAAAUAAACAGUCACUGUAACUGUGCCAAAUUAGCUUUCGCUUCACUAUGACUGAAACGCUGCUCAGCUCAUUAUUCUCUGCUUGGAAUCAAUUAUUAAUUAAGCUAAUUACAUUGUAUUUCUCUGGUACCUCGCCAAGUGCUGGUUCUGCUUUAGUCCAGACUUCAGGUGUGAUGAAGUAGAGAGAUGCAGCUACAGUAGCUGCCCCGAGCAAAACACUGGAUCUCUGAACAAACUGUUUUUAGGCAUUAGGUUAAUGUACGAACAGAAUAGAGCUGUUAUAAAACCAAAGUUUCAUGAUUAAAGGUGGGGUAGGCAGUGCCAGAUCUGAGGAAGUGGCAGAUUUUGGGGAGAAAUCUUGAAUGUAAACACUACCCCUCCCAGAUUUCCCCUCAGCUCCUCCCCUCCCUCUCUGCUCCAGCAAGCCCCGCCCACAAACAGAUGCUCCUGCUUGCUCGUAUCGUUUCAGAUAAAUUCAGAUAUAAUGCAGAUAAAUACUUUAGAUAAUUACAAAUGGGGCCCAGUCAACAUGAAAGUAAAAAGCAUUGGUGCUACUGUAGAUGCCAACAGACUACCAGCAAACUCAAUGUUUGCAGGACUUCUACAACUAGGAUAAAGUGACAUAGUCCAGGACCUGAGGUCAACAGUUUAGCGGCGCUACAACACGCAGCAGGUCCCGUUUGACAAGCAACAAUUCUGUUACGAACACUUGGCUUCCUUUGUUGAUGCGGUUUACCUGUCCAUCAGAAAGGUUACAGGGUCUGUAAGAUCCCAGAGUUAUUGAGUUAUUCCGCCAGAGUCUCCAGUAUUUACUUCGUUUUCUUGCUUGUGUUGGCAGUCGUGGUCAAAGGAGGAAUUGGACAAUUUUCCGUACGUUCUGGUUGGUUUCCACUGUCGGAUAUUGUAGCACGCUAACUUUGUUUGGGCUCCUGAACAACACGGGGGAGCAGCGUCCGCCUCACAACCAAUCAGGUUGGGGGAGGUGGAGAAUGACUGUGUUUACAGUCAGAAAGAGCGAAGCAACAUAACAAAACACAGCGGUAUCGUUAUUUUACCAAAUGUCAUCAAUGACUUAUAGCUAUUGACUGAUAUUAAAAGCUUUUGUAUAUACACCGCAAAAAAGAUGCGUCUUUAACGGAUUCCUGCCUACCCCAACUUUAAGUCAGAUUGAUUUUAAAUUAGACACUCGCAACGGUGAGAAAUCUGAGGCUCAAAGCCUCAAAGCAUUACUAGUGUUUAAUCAACCCUUUCACAUGAGCUUAUUAUGGCACUAAUAAUGUCAUAUUAAGCGAAAUUAGUCAGUGAAGUUCUCAUUGAUAUGACUAAUCUUCAGGGGGAUGUUAUCUUAUUAGUGUACUGUCAACAUACUGUAAGCUCUAGGACUGAUACUGGCCGAAGAAAAUAGUGUCUGCAUGCUUACAAACUUACUUAAAUUAAUGGCGUUUUGCCAAAUAGCCAAACAAAGCAGUUACUAUGACUAUAUGUGAUGUGGUACAAUAUCUAACUGGUCUGUCACGACUGCUUGAAUCAGCUCUACCUGGAAAUGAAUCACUUUAGGAGCAUUUCAAUCCAGUUCAACUGUACGGAUGUGCAGCCACCUUCAGAGCUCAAUCACUUGUCAUAGGAGGAAACACUCCUGACAGUCCAUCACAGGGGCUGACACACUCACAGUCAUGAGUAUUUUAAGGUCUCCUAUUCACCGCAGCUGUGGGACAGAAUAUAGAGCAUGCGGAGGCAAACCAUGCAAAUGAGACAACAUGCAAACGGCUCGCAGACAGCAGUGAAGACUGCAGCCCUUUGGCCAUGUGCCACACAUGCUGCAACUUUCUCUUGAAGUCCAGCCUGAAAGGUUAAUAGUAUAGAGUGAAGUGUCAUUAGGGUUGUCUCGGUAUGGAGAGCUAAAGUCAUCUUUCAUUUUUAAGUUUAUGCUCUGAUUUACUAUUUUUGGCGCCAGCUGCUGAAGUUGUCCUGAAUAAUUAAAACCUCAGUUGUUUUACAUUUUACAUUUUUACACAAGAAAAGUUCAAUCAGUGAAAUUCUGAGCAACAUUUAAGUGUUUUUAGAGAAUAUGAAUACUCUUUUAUCUACCCUGGGUAUACUGACUUUAGCAGUGCAUUUAGGAAGGGUUGAAGUCUUAAGUGAGUUUUUCAUGGUGAGAGGAUCACUAUCAGUUAUUGCAUUUAAAUCUCUGUCUUCUCUCGCAGAUCACAGCAGUAGAGACUUACUCUCGUAUUUGUCUGUUAUUGGUUUAGGGGUUUUGUUUCUGUGAAUCUGGUCUGCAAAGCAUCAAAAGCCACCAGUCUAUCCAGCAGCACCUCACUCUGCUGUCUCUAAAAGAGGCGCCUUCAUUAAUUCCAGCUCUGGAGAGGCCCCAUUUUUGGAAGUGCAAUGACCUUCAAAAGUGUGUAGUGUCCUCCUUUCCCUCUUACAGCUUUAUGGAUCGACACUUUAGCAGCAGCUUUUACGGUCUACUGCUGCUCCACAGCGCCGGGCUUUCUCUUCACACCGAGUGCCCAUAAUUCAAAUGAUGAGUCAUGUGUUUGUGGUGUAUGAACUGAAUGCAAAGCAGCUAGGCUCACGUUAUGGCCCACAAUCCUUACCUGUCCGACCUUGAGAGGUGUAUUUGAAAGCUGCUGAAUGAAAGAAAGAGAGGGUGGAUCGAAAUUAAAGGACUUAUGCAAAGAAAAAUGAAAGAAUGUCAAAAUGAGAAGCAAUGCAGACAAAUCAAGGGCAGAGUUUUAUUACGCCCUCAGAUUUCAUACAGGAACAGCCUGGAAUUUAAUACAUUUACAGGAGGAAUUUCAAAAUGUUAUGUCCGUAUGAUGGGCUACUGUCCACAAAUGCGUCACACAGGGCAGCAGAAACUUCCUUUAGUGGCUGUUAUAAUUAUAAAUAAUUACUGUUUAUUCCACACAGUUAUUAUCGUAUGUCUGGCUCUGCUGCGGCUGGGUUGGUGCUUGACUCUCAGCACUCUUUCUUUUUUUUUUUUUUUAAGCAUGAAGUCUGACCCUGCCUUUGUUUGCAUUUUCAUACAGGAAAAUUCACACUGACAGGUGUGGUUGACAUUUUAGAAGCAGCAGCAGGACUUUUAUCAUAUUAUUUUUCACAAGAGUACCACAUGUGAAUUUUACAAGAGGGGAUCGGCAAAGAGAUUUACUGCUUUGACCAAAAUAAACACAAAAUUAAGUUUAAAGACAAAGAAUCUCAUUUUCGACCAUGUUUUCCUGAACCCAAUUUAAUGAGACUGUUUCAGAUCACGUACUCCAUUUGAACAUCCACUGGGACUUUUACGAGGCUCAAACAGUCAUAUGUUGUUAUGUAAGUCAUUGGUAAACCAAAUAUUAUGUAUUGUAGGAAUAAAGCUCAGAAGGCCAAAGCUAAAAACAUUUCAUUAAAAACCUUUUAAAGCUCUUGUGAGGAUCUAUUGGUUCGUAUCAGUUUUGAUGCUCACUGUUGAUAAUGAUAUGUUAUCUCUUGUUCUGUAUGUAAAAGAAAUAUUUCACCUACUGUGAGUAAUUGUUGUUGAGAAGAUUUGAAAAAAGGCGUUUUUUCCCCAAUAUUCUGUCAAUCAUCUGGUCUGACACCUCCCCCUUUACAACAGGGAAACAGUCAGCCUUGCUGCUGAUGGUCUGCUUUGCUUUGGAAGGUCACAAAUUUGCAUUAUUAUAGAAUAGAGUAAAAUAGAAUAGAAUAUUCCUUUAUUGAUCCCCCAUGGGGGAAAUUUUUUUGCCACAGCAGCAACACAGACAAAGAGUGCAAAAAUGCAGUUAUAAAAAUAAAGAUCGUAAUAUUAAGAACUUAAAUGUUAUAAUUAAGAAAAAAAAUUAGAAAAGGAAAAAGGGAGAAUAAAAAUAAAAACAAAACUAUAUACAAUAUACACAAUUUAAGUACCAGAAAAAAGUGGUGGUGUAAGUCCAGUUUUAUUACAGUUCGUUGUAAAGUCUGAUCGCAGAAGGGAGGAUUGACCUGCGGUAUCCAUUUGUUAUCCAUUUGUUUCUGAGUCGAAAACCCCCUAUAGUGCCUUUAAAGCAGAGGAAAAAAGCUAACAUUUUAGAGCCUACAACCUGAGUUUAUGAGGAUAUUUUGGCAAGUGAACCUGCCAUUUAAUGCUAAUAUUAAACUUUUUAAAAAGAUUAAAUUAACUACUGUGGCAUCAGAGGGAAAGGUUCAUCUUUGAAUUGACAUGUAGCAGGAGGGGAUGUUUUAGACUUUUUUGACCAAAAACAUGAAUAUGUGGCUCACAUUGGACACUCACAGCCUAUGGAAAUGGCUUAUGGCGGUAAACCAAGCUGUUAGCCUUUACUGACUUAACAGACCUGUGGUAUACCUCUGUAGUGGCUCUGAUCAAAACAUCCAUUUAAUCAGUACAAAACAGAUGGUGGAGAAACACGACGAACAGUAUCAGCUUAAUGGUCUUACACCAAAACAAAUGAAACUACAACAACAUUUAAGACUUACACUUCAACGCUCGAGCACCACUAUAUUUAAUACAGCUUAUAUAAAAGACUUCAAAUCCCUCUACCCUUAUCUCCACACUACUAAAAAUAUGACAGAGGAAAUGAGCUGCUUUCUAUGAGUGACAUUAUAAAACAAGGAUUUUAAAUGUAAUUAAACUUUGUUAAGUACUGUGGCUUGGAGGUUGCAUUUAUUUAAGUGCGGUCUCACAACAGCUGUCUUCUGUGAGCUAGUCAGCAAAUGGGGCGUGUUUCACAAUCACCAGCGUUUCAUCCGCUGAGCAAUUUAAUACUCGGCUCUAACAGAUGGUGAGGAGAGGAUCAAGUCAGCACGUCGAGGCUUGAAGUGACAAUUUUUUUUCCACUACACAUUUCCCUUUUGACAGCCAGGGAGGAAAUUUUGUGUGCUUAGUCCUGUUGUAGAGUAUCAAGGUAUAAUGAAUGAUGAAUAAGUCAAUGACAGAGAGAGGAGGGUGAAUCCUGAGUGUUUUUCCAACAUGGCGGCAGGCAGCAAAGGGGAUGAGCAAAGGACAAAGUAAGGGCAGGUUAUGAGAGUGAUUGCAAAUUUAAAUAAAUCUUGACAGUGUACUGAAUAUCUGCAUUUCUUUAUUGUCAGGAGAGUCUCAAUAACCAAGGAUAAAUUGAUUCAAGUAACACGGAUCCUUCAGCGAAAACGGUUUUAGAAAUACUUCCACUGUUCCAUUUUUCUAAGUAUGUAUUUUUCUGGAUGUAGUUCAAAACACAUUUCCCUCUUGUUAAGUAACAUUACUUUAAAACCUUCAGUAAACUUUGAACACUUUUCAAUAUUUUCACAUCAGCGAUGAUCAAGUACUGUACUCAGAAUGGUGCUGAUUAAAGCGAUAUGAAUAUCACAGUUUGCGUUACUUUUAUAGGAUUUUAGUGUCUUUGUUUUUUAGACUUUUUUGGCUCUGUACACAAAAAGGCGGUUAAUUAUUGUUACUUUUCUCAUUGAGCUUCUUUAAGGCUUGAAUUAAACUGCCAUUGUCCUGAUUGAAUCAUCAGCACAAAAGAAUGAGAGCUGAAUUAAAAAAGAUCCAAGUUAAGAAACUCAAACCCUCUCUACAGGAGACAUCAGGAGGUAUGGUUAACUUUGACAUCUAAGAAAGCAUUUCAGCAAGAAUUGUAAGAAAGCUGAAGAUUUAUUGUUGGGAAGUUAUGCACACAAUGCGCACCUAAAGUGGGGAUUGAGCAACAGCAUCUCAGGUCUGAAGUGGCAGUAGCAGAGAAGGACACAGAUACAGAAGCACUCCACUCCCUCCUCUGUUGAGUGUUCUCUCCAAGCAGAAUGGUUAACUCUUUUGUCACUGAGGACCCUCGCCAUUUUCCAAUAUCUGCCAAGAUGAUGGCGUCAGAGACUUAGAACAACAUAUGGUUAUUAUUUUUGUUCAGUCCUGAAAGUGUUUGCAAGUGAGUCUACUCUGUGAAUGACACUUGUGGUGCAGACAUGUUUACAGUGUUGUGUAAGAUAUGAUGUCAUGCAGCUUAAGUGGUUCACAGGAGAGAUAGUGGUUGUAAUAACCUGUAGCUUAAGGUCAACUUUGUGAUUUAGAGGGUUGGUGAGUGUAUUUUGGAGUAGUAGAAGUAGGCUAGCUGUUCGCCAUUUCUUUCAGCCUUUAAGCGAUGCUGAAGUAAACUGUUUUCAAGGCUUGCAGGCAUAUAAAAAGUGGAGUCCAUCUCUCAUCCUCCUCUCACUUCACUUGGAAAGGCGAGUUUAUUUAUGCAGCACAUUUCAGCAGCAAGGCAACUCAAAGUGCAUCACACGAGACAAUGAAAGAAUCAUUACCGAAAUAUCCAACUGUCACUUCAAAACACAUCAACUAAGAAAUGCAAGCUAAGUAUCUGCAGACGAGUAUCUUUACAUUUACCUUCUACAUGUAUUAGAUGUUAAAAAGAAGAGUCUUAUCUAGAGAUGCACCGAUCCACCGAUCCGAUUUUUUUCCGAUCGAAUCUGAUUCUGAUACCUGGACUGAGUGUAUCGGCUGAUAUCCGAUACCGAUCCAAUACUACUGGUGAAUGAAUGAACUGUAUACCUUGCCCUGUGAGUGAAGGCAUUAGGCUUGACAUCAGUGUUGUUUUCUCGUCAAUGCCUCUUUUUUUCCACGACAAAGACAUGGCGUUGACGAGCUAAAGAUAAGUCUUCGAUGACUAAAAUGUGACGAGACGAAUGUGCGUUUACGUUGACAAGACGAGAUUAGACAAAAACGUUAGUGGUGGACGAUGAACAUCGUUGGAAAAUUCAUGAGCAUUUCGUCAGUCAAACGCUAAACAUAUAUUCUGCAGUGUUGUUUUCGUUGACGAUGACGUUGAUGAAAUAUUUUCGUCAGAAUUGCUGUGUUGCUGUCACUGUGUGUGAUAUUGAUUAAAAGAAAAAAAGACUAGAUCAGAACACUGGAUCGGUGUCAUUCAUCAGAUAUCCGAUCCAGUUAAUUUUUCAAUAUCGGAGCUGAUAUCCAAUCCAAAUAUCGUAUCGGUGUAUCCCUAGUCUAAUCUACAGUGUUGGUGAGCCAGUCAUGACAGUUGCACUUCCCACCAUGUGUCAACAACAUUGCUCUCGUUUCCCACAUCAUUCACACAGACACCAACAUUUGUUUAUUAGAAAUUGGUUCAAUUAUCAAGUAGCUUCCAGAGCUAGUUCAUGACAUGAUGGACAUGAUGUUGCUCCCCUAUAGGCUCUCACCACUCCACCAAUGAUCCAGCUGGUAGAUUACAUAACACUGCCUUAAGGCUCUGUGCAGAGCAGCACUAGGCCUGCUCAAAAACCUCAGAAGGAAUUACAUGCAAGUUUCCCUGUCUAUCUGUGGAGACAGAGCCGAGGCUGGAGGCUUAUCUGGAAACUGUCUACACUUAGCUACAACAGAAACACAACCAUUUUGGAUACAUGCAGAGCUUUUCGCCUCAUUUUCCUCGCAGUGUGUCACCUUUAAAUCCCCACUCACUGUCGUGUCUUGCUGAAAUAGUAGAUCGACUGCCCACACAACAGUCCUGGAUGUACUGUAGUUUCAGUCUCUGUGGCUGUGGAGGUUUUUUUUUUUCCUUCUAAUUUUAUGACAGAUUAGACACGCCUCUCUGCAGCCAACAUUGUGCACUUCAUUGCAAGUAGAACACGGCACUGCAAAUGCAUACGGCAGCACUCUGUGACGUCUACAGCCACAGUUGCUCCAUCAUUUCCACGCUGUUUGCAGCAGAGGGUGUUACAUCAGCAGAGCUUUGAAAGAAAUUUAGGAGUUAGCCCAGGUUAUAAGGUAAAAGUGCUGAGAGGGCGAAAACAACACCACUUACUUGAUGUUGACAUCUGCUGUUAUCUUCAGCUGUCAGACAACCGGUGAGAAAACGCAUCCGUGCAGGCACACACUUCCUCCAAACUCAUGUCUUUUUAAUGCCUCAGUGCAGCCUUUUUCCAAAUGCUUUUAUUUUGUCAGCGUCAACAGCUACAGCUCUACCAGAUAGCACAAUAAAAACAUGUUGGUAGCUCUUAUUAUUACUGGAACAGCCUCUUGGUAAUCUUUAUUUUUCUGCUGUCAACAAAUCCAAAGAAAAGAACAAAAAUAAACUGUGAUUUGAUAAUCUGUGCAGCCAAGUCUGACUCCUCUGUGCCACAGAGAUCUACUGUUGUCCAAAAGCACAUCAGUGAGCCACACUGUAGCACUUGGGGACGUUAUUUUGUCCCCACGCUCAAGCAAAUUCUAAAUCAUUCCUACAUAAUGUGUUCAGCUGCUGUCAGACCCUAAAACCUCUCCUUUCUCUAACCUUUCUUGUCAUCUUCUCUUAUCAUUUAUAAGCCGUCUGUUUUAUAAAUCUCGACUGCAACAAUUGGUGUACACGCACAAGCCUGAUUUACACUGCCACAGUAAAUGUUGACAUGUCCAUUAUUACCUUGUUUAUAGAAAGCAAAGACGAAGUAAGCAGAAGGAGACCCGGUCAGAUGUAAGUCAACAAAAUGCUGAACUUUAAUGCAGCAGACCAGUGAUUGAUGGUUAGCAUUAGUUUCUCUUGUAUCUGCAGUCAUUCCUAACCUAACCUCCUGCUAUUUAUUGUGGCCACUGCAGAAAAGCUCCACUAAUCUUAACAGCAUAGUCAUUUUAACCCACAGCCUUACCCUUCCAAACUCUAAUCUAGGUUUUAUAAAAUAAAGACAUUUUAUAACAAUGAUUCAAGGACACACACUAAGUACUCUGUAUUAUUCAUAGUGGCAUUAGAUCAAAUGACAUCCUCAUACGACCCUUGAUUCACUCCAAACACCAUGUGUGAGGUUAGUUGCUGACAGUCUCAGCACACACUCACUCCCUCAUUUAAAAAAAAAUUGAUACUUUUUUUUAUUCAUGUAUACAUCAUGUGUGUAGAGCUUUGAAUAAUCCCAAAUCCAUAACUGAAAAUAGUCCCAAACAUAAUUUCUUACCAUGAAUAUUAUCUGCUAAAAACCUGGUCUAGUAAUCUAGAAACUCAGCUGUUUUAUAAAUAAUGAAGCAUCUUUAAAAAAUAAACACAAAGGAUUCUGCUCUGCUCUCACUUACAACUAGUGGAAAAUGACAGUAACAGGUUUGGAUAUUGUAGAUUUAGAACAAUUUUAAGGUCAAAAACAAAAAUUAAACUUUUAGGAUGAGGAUUUUAAGGCAGGUGAAUGAACAAUGUUUGUAUCACUUUGUCACCAAUUUAAGCCCCACAGUGUGUAGUUUGUUGUUCAUGCUGUACGACUGACUUUAGAAUUUACGAAGAGUACUUUGUGGUGUUUUGUAUGCAGUUGAGAAGAGCAUAUAAACUACACCAAAGCUUGUAUUAGUUGUAGACCGGUUUUGUUGGUAUUAUCCCGGGUCAGCUUGCUCUGAACACAUGAGGACUUAACGCAAUCCGCACAACAUUUGCUCAAUUUAUGACAUCACUAAUUGGUGAAUCUUCUUAAAAGGGCCUAAUAAACAAAAUGCUUAUUUGUUAAACUGGGUCAGAGUGGGGUCAAAACACAUGCCCAUAGUUUUUUUAAAUCAAAAUAGAGAAGCAAAGGGGUGCUGCUUGCCUAGUGGUCUACAUGAGCCCCACAUACAUUUGUUAUGCCUCAAGCAGUUGGUGGGUUCACUUCCAGUCUGUUGCUCCUUUUCUGUUGGUUGGCAAAGAGAAAAUGUAUAAAAAUUACAGAGAAACAGCAUUUAAUCUCAUGGCAUGGCAACAGUGGAAGAGGGUUCCAGAGUGCUUUAAAGUGUCUAACGCCAAGGUUAGUCUACACAACUUUUUGUCUGUCUUAGUGUCAAAUGAGGCAACUACUAUGAUAUGAUAUGACGGACCACACAAAGAUACCCAACUGAUCAUUAUGAAUGAUAUCGGCGAGAGAAGGGACUGAGCUAUAUGAAAGCUAACAGAUGCUACUCACCGGGUUGCUGAUGCGACAGGACAAAUUAGGGCCCUGACACUCCUGAUCCAGCACCGACUGUUGGAUCGGGUUGACUUUGAAAUGACAGACAAUAGCUGAAAUGAAGUGUUUCAGAAGGAGAUGAAAUGAGGGUUUUAGAUAACUUUUAAUCCGAGAUAAGUAAAGAACUCUUUGAGCUGUUCAAGAGGACAGUGUAAAGCCUGUAUGGGUAUAAUACCCCCUCCUCAAAUGAAGCAUUCAACAUUUCUUAGUGAUUUUGAAUCAUAGAUACAUAGCAACAUGCAUUUUAAUCCACAGGCUUUUAUUUUAUUCCAUUAAAAUCCUAAACGGAAAAGAAGGGCUUUUCCUCUACGAUGUAUGAAGGCUUAUUUUUUGAUUUGUAGCAGCGUCUGUGGAUUCCUGCCACUCAUUGCCAGAACACCGAGCAAUAGACCUAACGCACCACAUGGUGUGUGUGGACUGAAGAGACAAAUUAAUUCAUCAAAGUCAUGUGAAAUCUGUCUUGGGGGAGAAGCAGCAGCAAAAUGCUAUGAUUUAAGGGCGACUGCGUCUCUCUCUCUCUCUCUCUGUUAUGUAAUCUUGUAGCUAAGGCUCUCUUGAGAGUUCUCUGUUCACAUAACAGCCGUUGGUAGAGAUACACAAAGAAUUGUUUUUGACCACAUUUGUGAAAUGGAAAUAGCUGGAGGAUCUUCUCUCUCCCAGCCUUCCUGGUUAAUACGAGGAAUGCCCAUCCUAAUAGGAAGGGCUGCAUAAGCGGAGCGCAUCAAUAGAGCUGUACAAGUUCCAGUGGAUCCACACUCUCAAGUACACUUGGCAAGGGAAAUAUUCAAUAUUUGGAAUAAUGAAGUGGGAUUUAACUAUGUGGGUUUGGCAGCAAGACAACUGACACCAUUGACUGUCAGUCACUCACUUCAGUGUUGCCAUGGAAACAACCUUGUUGCUCUACUCCGGGGCUAAUUCUGUAGAAAGAACAAGCUUGUAGAAAGCAAUGGUACACAAAGAAACCAAAAAAAAAAAAAGGAAAAAACAUGGUUGCAUGCAUGAGUCAUCUGCUAACACAUACACUCAGAGCUCUCCAGUUUUAUCACAGCAAGCAGCCUGUCAAAGCUCCCCGCACGAUUGUAGCUAAACACAGGUGCAGCAAAGACCACAGGAGAGAACAAAAGCAACACCAGACUGUGCUAAAGACCAAGGGGGAAGGCAGUAAUCGCCUCUGACUAAAGCACGCUGCUAUUUUCAACUACAAAAUGCUACGCCACUGAUGAAGAUGGAGCAGGAGAUGAGAGAAAUGUUGUCAUAAUUAGAGGGAAAAUAUUCCACUAAGAGCUCAUACAUCAUACUCGAUGAAUCAAAAACGAUUCUGAUCAUCAUCUUAUAUAGUUGAGUUUCAUCUAAUGUUACUGUAUAUAAUUACAGGAUUUUCCUCCUUUUGCUGCAGAUUGAGAUUCUUUUGAGGGUGACCACUGUGCAGGUCACUCAUAUACCCCUUAUUCAGGUCAGAUACAACUGUAGGAGCAGAAACAGCUUGUGCUGACCAGUUGUGUUCUGGAUCUGCUUAUGUCAGCAUUGAGCAAACAUGACAAUAGAUGCAGUUGUAAUGUCAGUGUUGGCUACUAAACCACGUGAUGCCAAACGUCAGUGAAUUGUGUUGAUAUAAGAGCUGAAAAGUAUAGAUGUUGGAAAUAAUGUGGCUACCAAGCAGACUGGAGCUGCGUCACAUGCUGUGCUGCAGUUGGCUUUGCCUCCCAGGGGCAUCCGGGUCCAUCUCACUGCUAACAUUUCUGAGGAGUACAAAAGACAAUAAAAGGCUUCAUGACUACAUUUCAAACGUAAACUUUUUUGAGAUACAAGGCUGCUUCUUGUAUCUCUGUGUACCAAACACUCUUUUUGCAUGUUGAUGUGUGUAAUUGCACUGCAGCCGGUUACCAUAGUGACUAAUUAAUGCAAGUCAUUUACCUCAAGGAAAGAUUGUAAGGUGAUAUCAUAAUGAUCAUGUUUUUUCCUUAAACUACAGUCAGGCCAUUUCUAUUCUCAGCAAAGACACCAGACACAGUAAAAUACUCUUAACUGUCAAUUCUUGGUGCAACAAUUAUUUUUUAUAAAAGUCAUGUAUUUUAAUGCUUCAAAUAUAUUAUUGAACGAACACAGCAUGCAUAUAAAAUAGAAUAAAAUAAAAUAAAAUGAAAUUAAAUCUGUCCAUAGAAAUAUCAUGUACAGACAACCCAGUGAAGGGGUGGGGUAUCUGGCUUUGAUUUAUAUUAUGACUCAGAUUUUCAGCUGAUUCUCUGACAUUUAGGGAUCUCUUUGAUAUAAAUCUGAGUCUUAUGUUUCUUUUUUUUAUUGUAAUUAGUUUUUUUUUUAAUUAUAUUUAUAUGGUUUUAAACAUUUUAAAAUGGCUUAUGUUACAUAAAAUGAAAGACAUGAAAAAGAGGGUAACUGCACACUCAGUCAGUGAAUUUUCCUCUUUAUUGUGCCAAGCUUUGGGCCCUUCAGUUUAUCAUCACUGCAUAUGAGGGCCUGAUAAUCCAGCCCCAUGUUUGCCAGGUCAAGCAGUCGUCCUUGCACGGUAUGAUUUAAAAUAAGAAGAGAAGAAUAGCUUAGAAUAAAAUAAGACUGUAAAAAACGUGACUCUGAUGACCAGUUAAACCAGUAGUAGUUGUGUAUUUUGGUUGUCGUUUGUGUUGUUGCAGUGUGAUGGUGUGAACUAAGAUUAAGCUCCCUUUUAAUCCUCCUCCGCUCUACAUGACCUCACUGUGAUGCACAAACCGGGAGGAGCCGUCAUUGGUGCACUGCGCGUUCUCCUCCGUGACCUGCAGCCAAUCAGAGCGGCUCGGCUCAGCUUCACCCCCACAGGGUAGCCAGUGGUGAAAGGAGAGAGGGAGAUAGAGGGAGGAAAAAUGUUUCUAUGAAUGGAAACAUGGAGGAGAAGACUCUUGAGAUGAAUAAACCCGAAUGCUGGACCCUCCCCACCCUGCAUCUCUUAAUCUCUAUCUCUCUUUUUCUCUCUGUUUAUUAUAAGCCGCUCUCACAUGGAUAUACAUUUAUGUUCAUUCAUGAAGCAGGCAGAGAUGAUGGCUAUCCUAUCCUCUACGUCUAAAAACACCUCUGCUUUAUAUCUACUUUAUAAAAUUAGGAUAAUAAGAAGCAAAAAAGCCAAUAAUAGUUUAGGACUUUGGAGUGACCCCCCUCAGUGGUAUAAAAAUUCCUUAUACUGUAUUCUUGCAGAUGGUCUUCCCUGCUAAAACACGCAAAAAAAAAGAAGAAAGGAAAAGAAAACCUGUGAAGAAUGGACAGAUCCUGCUGAUUUUGUAAUUUCAUUUUAAAGGGCACUGAUUAUAUCUCGUUUUUUCUUGUACUUCUUAAGUGCUGCUGCCUUUUCUAUCACGCACUUACAACAGAAAGAAUCAUUUUAUUUUUCUUUAUAUACUUAACUCUCUAUGGAAAAGCACAGAGAAGAUUUUGUCUGAAAUAAUUUAACAUAUGAAUGAAUGAAUGAUCUGUCUCUCCAUAAACUAAUUAAAAAACAAAAUCUGUUUUGUGGAAUAGUCAUGAAUGUUAACGCAAACAUCUCCUCUCAUAUUUGUCAGAAAUGUGUCAGCGUCUGUCCUUAUUUUUAGAAAUGAUCUGGGAUUUAUAUCAUCCAAGAAAAUGACCCUGUGUAGGCGUCUGAGCAAGAGGAGAGCUGUUUUCAUUAAAGAUGGUGAAGCCGGCUGUUGUUGGUUUGGGUUUUAAUUGAUUUAACUCAUCUCAUUUCACAUAAGAGCCGCAGAGGCCUUUUCCACUCAAUGCUCAGUAUUUAAGUGUUCAAUAUGUCCCUGUGAUCCACUCAGCCAAUCCCUGUUCAUUUGUUUGGUUAAAUUAAAUGCAGGACAGAGACUAUUACUGUGAAACACCACGCUAACCGCUUCAUUAUUGAGUUUAUCCUCUAGGAUUAUGCUGCAGCAUCACUGCAUUUGAAGUAAUAAGAACCAGCAUGUGCUGUAAUCAGGGGGAAAAUCUGUGGAUUCACCUCAUGUCAAACAUUUAAAGAGAGGGUUAUGCUCAUUAUGUUGGACUUUAUAUUACACACCGGGGCCGACGCGAAUAUAGAACGCGAAAUUACGAAAUAUUCUGAGGUUAAUUUUGACAAGCCUGACUACACAUAUCAAGCCCAAUGCAAUUUUUUGGGGAAAAAGACACAUCCCGGGGAAGACUUUUCCCUGGGAAAGUCCCGCCUCCUUUGCCUCUGAUUGGCUAGAAAAGCUGGAAAUGUCAUCAGACGCUCAAGCCAAACGGUCAGCACUUAAAGCCAAUCAGAGGCGAUGAGAUAAACACUAUGAUAACAACCAUUAGCUUAGGCUAGCACAGAUGAAAGUUAACACAAAGACGUUUCGCAAACUGUUAAAGCACACAAACCAUCGUCAUAUCAGAAAUCCGAUGCUAUGUUAUCCUUCAGUUCGUUAUCUUUGUAAUGUUCAUGUUUUUUAUCAAAAAGCACUAAACAAACAAUCAGCCGGUCGGCCAUGUUGGAUAUACUGGUGAAUCAGACGUCGCAACAACACGCAAUCUGAUUGGUCAGAAGUGGACACACAGUAUACGAAACUUUAGAAAAAUCGACCGUGAUGCGAAAAAUAAAUGCAGCAAUAUCGCAGGAUGGGAAAACGUCGCUGAUGUGAACGCUUGUAUUAAAAUAAUAAUAAUAAAUCGCACGCAAAAAACACUCCCGGUGUGAAAGGACCUUAACAGCUCAAAUUAAUUCCUUACUUAUCUCAGAUUGGUGACAGUGACUCUCCUUCAAGCCUCCUUAAUUCUUUAUAACUCACCUCUCUAGGAACCUCCCCUACUGUUGCCUACAAUACCUUUCUCAUGAGUAAAUCUGUGUUUCUCUACCUGAAAUGGCAAGUUAUUAAAUCUGGUCUCAUGUUUUGUAAAGGGGUAGUAACCCUCAUUAAAGGCAGUUGUGACCCUGACAAAUUCAGGGUUUUUCUGUUGGGAUAAAAGUUGGUAUUCUUUAUUUAGACCCCUCUUGACAAAUGCUGUUUUAAUGCAUUAACUUCAACACAUUUUUGUUCUCUUUUUUUAUUGCAAACCACCAACUGUAGCUUUAUGGAUGGUGAUAGUGAUAGUUCCUGUGAUAUCAACAGCUAAAUCAUUUCCAUAAACUUCUGGGUAGACGUAAUUGUUUCCAUGAAAAUCCCAAAGGCUUUAGUGUUUCCUUGAUUUUCUCUUUGUGCAUCCAUCUGGUUGUCAUUUGCAACAUUGCACUCUUCAGAGAAUCCGCUAUUGCAUCGAUUUCUCAUACAAUUUAAUACCGCACAGUCCACUUUAGCACAGACAUGUUCCGCCCUGAGGAUGAAUCGUUUUGGCUCGGAUGGUCUCCUGCCUUUUUAGUGGAUUACAAAUGAUGGUGUACUUUUCAUGCUCAUGUGAAGACUUUUUUUUAGCUGGUUAUGAAAUCAAACUGACUAUCUUUGCCCUGAUGUGACCUCCAAAAUGAAAGGCAAUAAUCAAAAUAAAGAUUGACACUGUGCAUAUGCUGUAAUUUUUAAUACCUUUCAACAAUGCUGGAGGAAGAUGACAGAAAUGGCGUUUAACUGUAAACAGGUUUUUAUUUCUCUUUUUGCAUUUUUUUUCUGGCUGAGGUUCAUACUGAGUGCUAAGUUUGGGACAGUCGAAUGCUUCACAGUGUGUCUGAAAAUUCUCCAGACAAGAAUCAACUGUCCAAAGGUGGCGCCAAAAUCAACACAAACUCAAUGCCCACUGGAAGGAGCUUCAUGUUUGCAAGUUUUUGGGAUGACAACGUAGACUGUAUAUAGAAUGGAUGCUGUCUGCCUCCAUGCUGAGUGAAGCCACUCUGAGAACAGCACCCUCUGGUGACGGGCUGCAGUAUAGGUCAUAAAUCCCGCCUCCUCCAGCAAUCCUUAUGGAGCUGUGGACAAACUUAAGAAAUUUAUUACACAGAAUAUAAAUUUUUCUCCCCCCUGCUUGCGAUGUGGACAUGUAGUUACUGUAAGACUGGUUUGUGCUCAAGUCCUCUUUUUUUCUGUACAGCUCCGUUUUUAAAAGUUAUUAGGGGGUUCAUGUUUUCUAUGAUUGACACCUGAUACAGCCUAUGGGCAUACAAGGAUUGAGUAGCUCACCCAGGGGAGCCUGUCCAAAGGUUUGCACCCAUAGCGCUGAACCAAAAAUACUCCAAAGUUUGACUGGCUGAAUAUUUUCAUACUCGUCCUGGUCAGACAUGAAUAAAUAAUUUGAUUUUUUUUUUUUAAUGAAUGAAGUCACAGCAGCGAGGUGGGUCUCGGUCGUCACUCUCUGAUGAAGAAGCCAACAUCAGUUCAGUCCUGGUUUAUUUUUUAACUUAAUUUGAAUGUGAGGGAGAACAUCCAGAAGUUGGGUUACCAUGGUUACUCGCAUCUGGAGGUGACCUAGUUACACUGGUGACUCACGUACUUGCAAGCUUUCAGUCCUUCAAAUGACCCCUUCUUCCUCUUUUUCUUCUUCCUCCUCCUCCUCCUCCUCCUCCUCCUUCAGCACUGUUGUUAACCUCAAGAAGAGACGCUCCUCCUCCUCUUCCUCCUCCUCCUCCUUCUCCUCCUCCUCCUCCAGCACACGCAGUUCUGUCCAGAUGCAGUGAUGUACUGCUGCGCUCAAACAGAGCUGUUAUAUCAUUUGAACAUUCUUCAAGUGAACACUGGCAACAGCUCACAUGGGCUGACAGGAGAUCAGCUGGUGCAGAGGAAGUCCUCUCAUGCCCGGUUUUAGCUUUGUGACAAUUCCUUUUGCAGACAGUCUGAGUAUGGACAUGUUAGUGUGAUGUUUUAUAGAACCGUGACCUUUUAUUUGUACACUAUAUCUUCUGAUGUAGGGAAACUAUUGUUCUGUGGGUUGGUCUGCAGUUUUAUUGAGAAUCGUAUGGAUUGUAAUGAAUUUGGUCCAGGUUUUUGUGUUCCCCAGAAGAUUAACCAGACCUACUCUUGAGUUUGUCAUUAAUUUUAACAGGUUCAGUUAUAAGCUGUUGUGUUUUCCCUUCAAUCUAAUGUAGAAAAAGAAGAUAAAGCAUCAAAAAAUUGAUGAUCCUCUGAUAUUUUCAUCCAGCGCCCCCAUCAGGUUGAUCCUUUGAUUUUGUGUAAAAGUGAUAAACUGAUCGCCUUGCAACUUAACACAUUGCAAAACUCUGAAUUUAAUGCAGUAAGUGAGUUAUUUAUCAAACGAAAGCAAUGUUUGAUCAGUCAGUAUGCAUAUCCAGUGAAGACCUUUGUAUAAUGUUCAGGCUUUCACACCAUUUUGUUGCUGUCAGAUGAAGCCCAAGAUAGCUGUCAACCACCCUCAGAUUAUCAGGUGAAAAUUAAAGGUUAAGCAAACUGUAUCAUGGAUUUGUUUUGAUUCAGAAGGGAAGUGUUAUAAAAGACAAGAACAGCAGAUAAGCAUCAAACUUACCUAUUUCAUAUCAUUAUUGCAGAAGUGUAACUGCACAUUUUUCUCACAUCAAGCAGGCCUAAAGGUGACUACAUACAAAACAGCAACCUGCUCUACGUCAGAGAGAUUGCAUUUUUACUGACAAAUAUGUUUGAUGCAGUUUCCUCCUCCUGUGAAUCGACGGUGCGAAGGGGGAGGGUGCAGAACAGAGCUGUCUCCGCCAACAAUUCAGAGGCGAAUUGCUAAUGAGCUACUGAAGCUCGGCAGAAGGAAAACCCUUGAAAAUGACACAGGUUUUGUGAUUUUGGCUGAAAACUUCCUAAUCACACUGUGAAAACUUAAAUAAUUGAAAAAAAAUAAAAAUAAAAAGCUAUCAGAGUCGAUCUGUAAGACACCAGAGCACAAGUUUGCUGUCUCUUCCACCCUAAAUCUUUUCGAUCCUUUGUCAGACCUGGAAAAUAUUAAAUAUAAACUGGUUAAACUGAGGCCUUGUAGAGGAGAGCUGUCGUGAUUUUUUUUUUUCUCUCUGAGCCAUUCAUAACAGCCUGCUGUCUCCUCUCCACAGUAACUGUCCAUGCUCCCUGGCUGCAGCCCUCGCCAGAGCCACAGCAGACAGCCUCCUGCAGACUGACCUCUCCAUCCACCACCUCAACAAGACGGUAGAAGAUGGAGCUGACCCAUUACCACGUGAGUCCCCGGGGGAGACAAUGAGACUGCUCUCCUUCUCCCACACACUCACACACACUCACACACACACACACACACACCUAUGUAUGCAGUUUAUACUAUAUGUAUAUAUAGAGGCUCAGACAAAUUAGGUCUCGCUCUCACUCACUUCAUCCCACACACUCCUCACACACACAUGCGCACACACACACGCACUCACAGCCAUCAAACCACCAGGGCUUUGUCCCAGUUCUCCCCCGCAAAGCUGCAUUAAGUGGUGUUUGACCGCUAGAGGGCAGGAAGUAGACUCUCACACGCUUACAGCUAAAAGCCAGGAAAUAGAGAUACUUCAGCUCCAAUGAUCCAGAAUAUAUUCAGUUAACAGUACAAAAGCUCUGUUUAACCAUAUUGUAAGAUUGUCUAUAGUGAUACCUUCAUAUUGUAUCUUUGAGAAUUUAACUACAAUCAGAUUUAGUUUUACUUCUAGUAGAUAUUACAACAAGGAAUUAUGUUUAUUGUGCACAAUAAUAAAAACAGUUUGAGCAAAAACAGAAUCGCAUACAUUUUAAAUGUUGGAGGGGAAGAAGGUGACAACAAAAAUAUGAAAAGUUGUGUCAGGCUGAAUGCAAAAAGUCUGGAAGGCGUGUGUUUUUAAAGUGAAUUAAUUAAUUAAUGCAUCAGAUUUCAUAUAGCGCUUUAUCAGAGACCCUCAAAGCGCUUUACAUAGGAUACAUCAUUCAUUCGCUCACACAGUCACGCCCUGGUGGGAGCAAGGUGGGUUAAGUUUCUUGACCAAGGACACAACGGACAGACUAGGGAUAGGGGGGAAUCGAACCGCCAACCUUCCAGUUAUUGGACGAACUGAACUACGUUAUUUAUUUUAUUUUGUUUUAAUGUCUUAGUUUUCGAACUGAUCAUGUCUUCUUUGUUCUGCUUAAAUUUCUACAUAACAGAUAGGAUGGAAGCAGACGAGGUAGAAGUAGUUUACAGCUCUCCUGGUACGAUUAAACGAGUGUUUCCUAACCUAAAUUUAGAAACUUUUUACAAAGGAGAAGUGAGAAGUUGUUUGAUGUGACAGAAUUUGCUACCAUCAUUUCACUGAUAAGCUAGGAAUCCCUAAAAAUUCACAUUUCUACACAACAUACCUUUGACGCAUUUACUAAAUUCAGCUGGUUGGGGGAGGUCUAAACAAUUUAACCCCACAGUCUGUGAACACUUGUGGCAUCUGUUUUUUUUUUAAUUAUUUGAUACAAACACUAGAUUUAAGAAGCAAAUGUCUAUGACUUAUUAUGUUGAAUGUUAAGCUUGUAUUAAAGUCAGAAUACCGAUUUUAUACUCAUUAUAUUUGGAAGAUAACCUUUCAGAGACUAUUCUGAACGACGAAUCAGUUGGCUUUAGUUGGGAUGAGACUGGACUUGGAGCUGAAAAAGAUCGCCAUUGUUGGUUUAGUCUUCAUCAGAUUUUUCUUCAACAACAGAGCAGCAAAUAAUGUCAGCCUUAUCCUUUAUUGUGAAUCAAAUACAAGAGACAAAUCCCCACACAGAGAUUAAUAAAUUAUUAAUCUGCUUGACUUGACCUAUACUCGUCAUCUUCAUCAUCAUGAUCUGACGCCAUCUCUGUCCAAUCAUUUGAAUCUUACAUUUAUCAGUGCGUUGAGAAAUAAAACCCACUUGGUUAAUAAAUCAUUGCCGUUGUGCAACGUGUUUUAAUUUUGAUGGACUAGCGUUGAGGUUUAAACUGCUCCGCACCUCGCCUUGUUUGCUCUCUCAAAGUAAGAGUAAAAGUAAAAAGCUUCUUGUGUUGUGUAACAGCUGAUCACAUCCUGUUUGAUGUUGCCUCACUGCACUCUGCUGUUCAUUUUAUUCCUCCUGCUGUUUGCAAGGUGUUAUGGGUAGUCCUUGAUCACAGAUGCAGUGCUAAAGAGUCUUCAUCUGGAGCUGGAGGGGGAAGGGCAGAGCAGUUUAUGCACACAGUGAAUAUAAAGGGUUUGAUUUUAGUUCGCUUUAAAGUGAGGGAAGGAUGAAGGGCAGAGUGUUGUCUGGUCUGACUCAAACUCACAGAGAAAUAUUCAGGACAACAGAGGGGGAGAGUUGGUUUAGAUAAAGGCUGGAUAUACUAUUAUACCUGCAGCUAACAUUAGUGGGUCAGGCCCGAGCGCACACACACUCUCUCACACACACACACACAUCUAUCUCUGUUAUAACAAAGAGUGGAAGCCACUUCUGGGCUUGCCUCUGUCCCACUUACUCUCAAUGACAUCUGCCUUUCUCUUUCUGGAAAAGUAUAACAGCUCCCUGCUGGUUAACGGUCUACGGGGACGAAAUCAUCAUCAGAGAAGGGGCUUUUUCACAUUUCGGAUUUUUGACGCAGCAGAAAUAACUCAAAUUUACUCCAUAAAAUCUCUUCAAACAGCACUGGGCAGUUAAUAUAGAUAACACAAAGAUGUAAAACUGCAGCAGUAAUCAAAUAAAUCUGAUCAGUCAGCAGAGGAGAAAACAUGAUUUUUCCAGCGAUCUGUAUACUUCAGCUGUUGCUCCGUGUUUUACGUUACUGCCAAUGCUGUUGAUCCGCUUUGUGACAUGUGGUCCACCAACAGUUCAUCUGUCAUGUAAGGAAAAAAUUAGUUGGUCACUAAAUAAUAUGAAGGUGUUAUUUGAAACUCAGAGAAUUUGCACAGGUAUGCUUAGACACCCUAAAUGUAUGGAGGUCUGGACUGCACUGGAAUAAAUCUGAAUAUUUUUUCAACUCAAUAAAUAAUCAUUUUAUUUAUAUACAAAUCACAAUUAAUCAUAGUUAAUUAAUAAGAUUAAAAGAAAGUGGUAUACUAAUAAAUAAGGUUGAUAAAAAUUACAUACCAUGUCUAGACAAGGUUUGCCCCAAGGGAAGCAUGUACAGUGUAACUAAAAGAGGACCCAGGAUAGACCCUUGGAGAACCCCAUAUGAGAGGAGUACAAGAGGAAGAGGCAUUCCUAAAGCAUUACAGAAAAAGACCUGUUUUUGAAAGAACCAGUUUAGUGCUACAUUACAGAGUAUUUCAGAUGGCUGAUUGAGACGUUGUGGUCAACUGUAUCAGAGGCUGAACUGAGGUCAGGAAUACACACCAAAAUCAGCUCCAGGCAACAAGUCAUUAGAGACCUUGACCAGUUCAUUUUCAGUGCUGUGAUGGGGGCGGAAACCAGAUUGACAUUUUUCAAAGAUCUGAUUGUUACUCACAAAGGAAAUCAGCUGUGUGGGCACACAUUUUCUAAGAUAUUGGAUAUAAACUGCAGCAAAGAGAUGGGCUCUGUAUAACUACAGAGAACAGAGGGAUCUUAAGACGGUUUCUUUAGAGGAGAGUGAACUUUGGUGUGCUCAAAAUGAAAGGGAAAACCCAGAUGACAUUAAACAUUUAACAGAUAAAAUAUCACCUGUUUGAAACAGAUUUUACAGAUUCGAAUAAAAUUCUAGGAUUAUGAGUAACAGAUGUGACAAGAAAAUAAUGGGACUUUACGGGACUACAACAAAAAAAAGGUAAUUUUUACCCUCUCAUUUUUCCUAAUGAUGGAAAUCCGCUGUAGCGACGGAAAACUUUUCGGUGUUUGAUCGAUUCUGUGCCUGUUUGUUUGGAUGUAUAUUUCUUUCAGAGAUGGAGUCCGUGAAGUUGGCCCGCCUGGUUUUCAACAGACUCUUCGAAAUGUGCUGCCUCUGGCUGAAAGAGCUGCCUUUCCGCCGUCGUCCACAGCCAUACUACGAAACAUCAAUACACGCCAUCAAAAACAUGAGGCGCAAGAUGGAGGACAAGCACGUUAUCAUCCCUGACUUCAACACACUCUUUAACAUUCAGGUAGAUACAUCUACUGUAAACUAUAAAAAAUGGGCUGUUACAGCAUCUAUGGUCGGUUAUUGUUAAUCGUUAAUUGUCUCAGUUUGGAGAAAUGCUUCUGUUGUUAUUGAGAAUUAGAAUAUUUGGAAGCACCUGUUGAACUCAGGGGUCAAAGCAUGUGCCCCUUAUCUGGAGGCUGGUUAAGUCCUAGUUGCAGCAGGCAGGAAUUCAUAUCUGACCCAGGCCUAUUACUACAUGUCAUCCCUAACCCUUUCCUUUUUAACAUUCCUGUUUUUCCUUUUUCUACAAUUUUAUUCAAAGUUCUUGUGAGAAACUUUAAGUUUGUGUGAAUUUGUUGACUUUGCACUACUCAUCCUGUUCAUGCUUUAGUAGUAACUUCUGGCAAAAAAAAAAAAAUCUCCUCUGUCUGACUUUCGACAGUCAAUUUAUCAUGUAGGGAUGCUAAAAAAAGUAAAAGCAGGACUGGUUCUUUAACUGUUUAGGGUUAGGGGUAGAGUUAGAGCUAGAGCUAAAGUUAGAGUUAGAUUUAGAGCUAGGGUUAGGGUUAGAGUUAGAGCUAUGGUUAGGGUUCGGGUUAGAUUUAGAGCUAUGGUUAGGGUUAGAGUUAGAGCUAUGGUUAGGGUUCGGGUUAGAUUUAGAGCUAUGGUUAGGGUUAGAGUUAGAUUUAGAGCUAGGGUUAGGUUUAGGGUUAGAUUUAGAGCUAGGGUGAGGGUUAGAGUUAGAGCUAUGGUUAGGUUUAGGUUUAGAUUUAGAGCUAGGGUUAGGGUUAGAGUUAGGGUUAGGGUUAGGGUUAGGUUUAGAGUUAGGGUUAGGGUUAGAGUUAGAGCUAUGGUUAGGGUUCGGGUUAGAUUUAGAGCUAUGGUUAGGGUUAGAGUUAGAUUUAGAGCUAGGGUUAGGUUUAGGGUUAGAUUUAGAGCUAGGGUGAGGGUUAGAGUUAGGGUUAGAGUUAGAUUUAGAGCUAGGGUUAGGGUUAGAUUUAGAGUUAGGGUUAGGGUUAGAUUUAGAGCUAGGGUUAGGGUUAAAGUUAGGGUUAGAGCUAUGGUUAGGUUCAGGGUUAGGUUUAUUAACCCUAAAUUAAAUUCCAUGAAUGUAUGACUGGCUUGUUUUGUAUCUCAGGAUCAAGAGGAACAAGCUUACUUCGCAGUGUUUGAUGGUCACGGUGGUGUUGACGCCGCCAUUUAUGCUGCAAACCACCUCCACGUCAACUUAGUCCAACAGGAAUCCUUCAACCAGGACCCGAGUGAGGCGCUCUGCAGAGCCUUCAAAGUCACAGACGAACGUUUUGUGAAGAAGGCCUCUCGGGAGGUAAGCUCACCUGCAGAGAACCAACACAGCAAAGGUUAUUUUCAUUUACAUUGUUCAAUAUUGAUGUACAGCAUUUGUUUUUGUUUUGUUUUUUGCUGGCAAUGCGAGAGAUCAGUUUAUUUUCACAUUUUGCUUGGUAACUUAAUAACUAUAAGCAGCAAUUUAAAUUUAUAAUAAGUAAAUUCAGAUUAUUAAUUGAUAAUAAUAUUAAAAUAUGAGAUUUAUGGAUGAAUUUAUGAUUACUCCAAUAAGCGGUUGUUUGAAUCAUGAAUGCAUAAGACAGCAUCAGCCCUGUUUGGAGCUCUGGAGGUUUGCAUACUUAAGUGAGGCGGGUCCUUGGAGAGGAUGGACAACUGUGGUUAGAGAGGUUCGCCUCAGCAGAAGACCAAAGUCAGUCAAAAGAUGAUCAAGGAGUCACAGCACACAGGCUAAAAUGCAAAAACCAGCUUCUGUAGGAUUCUUUGGAUGCUCCUUUGGGAGACCUGGGAAGAGAGGUGAAUGAUUAUUUAGAUGGUCAGUGAUGGAGUCAGUUUGAAAGGUGAUAAACAAGUUCUUGGAAUUGACCAAUUGAGAAAAGCCAAAGUUGUAUCUAUCUCCAGCUGGGUCCAAUGUGUAAUCUGAAAGUCCAAACAAGUCUGGAAAGAAUUAUAUGAUCCUGUGUCCUGGGAUCAGAUCAGGAACCUUUCCUUGCACACACAGGGUUGUCUUGAUGCUAUAUAGACCAGACUUUUGCAUGUCUUUUAGUACAAUGAUGCUGAUACUGUAAUAAACGUUUACAGUUCAUUAGCUAAUGUAACAAAUCUGUGUUUGGCAGCACCUUCGUUGCGGUACGACAGGUGUGGUGACUUUCCUGCGCGGUGGGACGUUGUAUGUGGCCUGGCUGGGAGACUCGCAGGUCAUUCUCGUCAGGAAAGGACAGGUUGUGGAGCUCAUGAAACCUCACAAACCAGACAGAGAGGUAACACUGCAGCAUUUUAAGUACAAGAAGCAGGUUCUGGACCGGCUGAUCAGAUGUUACUCACCAUGUAGCAAUAAACAAAGAAAUGACCAUUGCUGAAGCAAACUGUGCUUGUGUGUCUGCAGGAUGAGAAGCAGAGGAUCGAGGCGCUGGGAGGCUGUGUGAUCUGGUUUGGGACAUGGAGGGUUAAUGGCAGUCUGUCUGUAUCCAGAGCAAUAGGUGAACUAUCAGUCAGACACUCACAUCUGUUUUACUGAACAUCCUUUCACUGAACACUGCCAUGAAUGCAGUCUUGAGCAGACAGCAGAAUAACCUUUUUUCUGUGUUUACAGGUGACUCAGAGCAUAAGCCCUACAUCUGCGGUGAUGCAGACCAUAGUAUCUUCCCAUUAGACGGUACAGAGGACUACCUGGUUCUAGCUUGUGAUGGCUUCUGGGACACAGUGAGUCCAGACGAGGCGGUGCGGGUGGUCAGUGAUCACCUCCAGGAGAACAGCGGAGACACCACCAUGGUUGCCCACAAGCUGGUGGCUUCUGCCCGAGACGCGGGCUCAAGUGAUAACAUCACCGUCAUAGUAGUCUUCUUGCGAGACCCCCGUUGCCCACUCCCCUCCAGCACAGAGGAGGAGGAGGAAGGCGUCGUGGAGGGGGAGGCAGAGGAGGAGGAGGCAGCUGAGGUGGAAGAGGAAGAACAGGAAGAGGAAGAAGAGGAAGAAGACGAGACGGUCAGGGUAGAGCGUGAUGGUGGUGAGGCUGCGGACUUCGGGGGUAAAAAUCGCGGAGGCUGGCCCCUGCAGCAGUGCUCAGCCCCUGCUGACCUUGCCUAUGAAGAUCGAACGGACUCGUUCACGGACAGAACGAGCCUCAGCCUGCUGGGGCCAUCACUGGAGGGCCGCAUCUCCGUGACCCGCAGCUCACGGCACUUCAGCCCCUUCUUUAGCUCCAACAUCUUUACAACCUACAACAUCUACCAAGGGAAACACCCACUGAGGCGCAGGGCCUGUAUCCCCUUUAAGGAGUCCAGCAUCUCUAGCUUCACGGACCCACUGUGGCCUCAGACCGCCACAUUGUUCGGCCCGGCUCUGAGGCAAAGCCGCAGGCUUAGCUAUGGUAGCCGCCGGUGGAGCCGGAGGUGGCCAGGCACAUCCAAGGAGCUGCUCGGCCUGUUACCAUCCGGUCACUAUGAGCUGCAAAUGCAGCGCUACUCCAACAGGGAUCCUGGGGUGGCCAUGCCUCACCUGCCUCAUGAUGCCACCAUGUGAAGUGGUCACCCAAACCAAACCAUUUCCUUCAUUAUUUCAGUCCUGCUCCCGCCCUUCAUCCUACCCACCACUGCCUUCAACAUCACAUCUUUCUUUGACAGUAGGUCAUUGUGGCUCCUGCAGUUGUUCUGUGAUCACUGAUUCUCUCUGUCGGAGGAGUGAUGCUCUCUGUCCUAAGCUGAAGUGUUUCAAAAUGUAAACCGGCCCACUAAACACAAGCCCUGCUCCUUAGUGCUUUAGGCAAAGUGCAAAACUGCAUCCUCCCUACUGUGACCGUUGAAAUCUAGAGUUGUAAAUGCAGGUAAUAGGAUGUGAUCUUUCAUGAAAGAAGAGUUAUCCAAGCUGAGGUCAUUUUAAAUCGAUCAAAGGUCAGCAGUGCAGAGAGAUGCCAAAGUUGUUUUUGGUCCAGUCUGCGUACAUUUUCACUUCUAUUCUUUUGUCUGGUGGGUCCAUGUUGCUGACAUCCUGGGAGGAGCAAAUGCGCAUUUUAGACAGAAAGAAAAUAUGGGUCAUGUUUGUUGCUCUCAGGUACAUAUGGGGAAAAAAUCGUGUCUCUCUAUGGUUCAGCUGAAAAGGGAAAAAGGAGAAAAAAAUCAUAGCAGCCUUUGCUGUUUUUAACGGUAUUUUCUAAAGAUUUCUAGAGCUUGGCUGGCUCCACAGAUUCAUCUCCAUUCAACCACAAAAGUAUCAGUGAGGUUAAACGAUGGGUUGAUCUGGUGCUGAUCAAUAUUGGACUUCAAAGAGCCAAGACAGUGUACUGAAAACAGCUCUAAAUCGACGCUGUACAAAACAAGCGUUAUAUUCUGUCACUCUCUGAAUUUUCACUGUUCUUCUAAGAGAGGAGACAGCAAAAAUUAAAGAGGAUUACUUUUGCUCUGUUUCAGGAGCAGGUCGAGGUUCCUACUACCCUACCAUCUUUCCUCUUGCUGUCCAGAACAUGGAACAACCGGGCAUUGGAAAAACACUAAUGCACUAGCUCACUUCUUUGCCCCCCUGAGAAAUCCUUUGGUAGCAGAUGAAUACCGUUCGUGGUGGAAGCCUGAACAAUAGUCAGCUUCUGGCUUCUCUGACUGAAGGCACACGCUGUUCUUCCCCCUCACAUACAGUCAAUGACCCAGCCAUUAUCCAGCCACAAUUUGUCUUCAGAUAAAAGCACUUAGCAUGGGAUUAUAAAAGAUUAGCAGUCACUUACCUGAAUAAAUGCUUCAUGUAGUCCGGCCCUCCAGAUGGAGAUAUACUCCUUGGAUAAUGUUUGUUGGAGGGGGGAGGGGUAUAUAAAAGUCUAUUUUUGUUAAAGUUGUUCUCGGGCCAAAUACUGUAGUAACUUGCAAGUAUUCCACAUCCACCGGACUUACAUAAAACUCAUUAAACAGAAGAAAUUUCCAGCAGGCUUAAAGAGUGAAAACAUUAAAUGUCAGGCCAGGACAGCUGAAAGAACACGUGCCUUCCAUAAGUGCGUCACUAAAGCCUAUUUCCCAUACAUACAUAUUUAUUAAUUACUAAAUUUAUUUGUUAACGCCACCAUUAAGGACAAGCCUGACUUGAGCUCUCAGCUGGGCCAAAUUAUUCUGACUCUGUGCCACUUUUACGGGGAAUUGAUUCCAGUAGUUGAGAUUUGUGCAUAAUGCAGAGCCGUAGAGGGAAUCAAGACCUCAUGAAUAUUAAACUACAAUCAGCAGCUGUUUAUCUUAGUUUCCUGUAAAAGAUUAGAAGCAGCUAGUUUAUAGCUAUCCAAAGAUGAUAGAAAAUUUAACUUGAGAUUCUGUUUGUGGUUAUUAAUUUUCAGGUUAAUCGAUGAUUUAAACGACAUGAUUCUGUCGUUGUUGCUUCAUUUUGAAGAAAUUAACCACCAGUUGUUUCCGAUCUUUAUGCUAAGCUAAGCUAACAAGCUGCUGACUGCGCUGUAGUCAUAGAUUGAAAGGGGUGUCAAACUUCUCAUCAAGAAAGUGAAUAAGCCUAACUCUUGAAAUGAGCCUUUAAAUCAUUGUUAAGAAUCUAACUUAUGAAUACUGAGGUAAGAGAGCAGGGUUGCAUGUAAAUAGAAUUGUGGUGCACCAGACGCCUACUUUAAAGUUCCAGUCAUCCUGAACCGCAAGAUAGCACUGUAUCAGAGUUAUCCACUGAGGCAGGCUCUGAUUGGUCUCUCCCUGACAUGAUCUGGAUUCUUCAGUUAUUAUGUAAGCAUGCUUUAGGAAUAUUCAAAAUGAUCUUUAUACCUCCUUUGAAAACUGACCUCACAACCCCCCCUGUCCGGAAAUAAUCAUUUCACAUACAGUCUCAUAAAUCUACCAUCAACUAUGAUACUCUCAUUUUGUUGACAUGUCUCUUUGAUGCCUAUUAAUAAUCAAAAUUUAAAAAAACAGCUGUAUAAUCAUCACAAAUAUUAAUCCUCCUACUAAUUAAUAUGAUAAAAUGUAAUAAUAUCCCAGUUAACUUUGUGAGGCUGAUUUCAGUCACCGCCUUUAAAUGUGUAACUUAAAAUUAUUACUGUACUGAACCAUACUUUAUUAUAUCCCACAAACCUGACCAUCAUGCCCCCAAAUAAAUAAAAAAAUUAAACAUCAGCUAUUUUCAAAAUACUAACUUUGUCCUUUUAGUCCCGUUAACUUUGAAAAAUCCCCUCUCCUUUCCCCCUUGUUUUGGUUUUACUAGUAGAUAUAGACUCACUGCCAUUUUUUCAUUUCACUCCCUGUUAACCAUCCUGUGGACUAACUAGUGAAGAGCAUCAGACUGCCAGUGGAGCAGAAUGUACCCCGUGCCCCAGAACGUCCUCAGAGACUCAGUGAAGUGGGUCAACAUGAGGAGGAGUUUCAUUGGGAGAUUUUACUUUUCGGAGGCUUCUAUUUAUGAGGAAUGUACCAUAAGACACUCAACAAACUAAAGCCGAUGGAUCCAGCUGUGGCAGUAACACACCUCACUGUCUCCAAAAGCCCUUGUUGACAUUGUUGACACCCUGAAGAAGAUGGAUGAAGCAUAAAGAAACAGUGUGAUCACAGUCAUUUCAUAUAUUCACUUAGGCACGGAUGCGUAUGUAUUUUAUGAGUACUUAUUGUGAGUUGAGUGAGUGCUGGAGGAGUGUACAAAUAAUAUUUCUGUCUUGUAAAUCAGUGGUUCUAUUCCAUGCUCAACAAGGCCUGACUGUUGGAGGAUAAUGACUUUAAAGAAUCAGAAGUUAGACUGUCCCAAAUCUCCCGCCAGUGGGGGGUGGAGGAUGUGAUGUUACUGAACUGCUUGGGGAGGGGGGCAUUAAUCCGUAUACCCUGCCUCUGCCUUUAAGAGCUGCUAAAGUAUAUAAAAGGUGUUGAACCAGUCUGGCUUUCACUGGAGAGUUGUAGUGUCCUAUUGUGGUCUAGCUGCUGUUGAACCCUGCUUUCUUACCCUGAAGUGAAUAAAAUCUGGGGAAAUAAACAUAAAGAUCAUAAAUAUCGGCUUCAAAUAUUGUAUCUCCAAUUUGCAGCUUCCGUUUUAUUUAUUUAUUUAUUUUUUUGUAACAGUACCAGCCUUAAAAUGAAAUAUUUGCCAAUCAAAUUAUAUCAGUAGCUUAUAGAUUAGCAUAGAGACAAGGAACACAAGAGAGCUAAACAGCUUUAGAUGAAAGAUUUGAUUUUGUAAGCAGUCCUACAGAGCAAUAAUCUUCAGCAGUGAUGCCACAAAGAUGCAGGAAGAAUUGAUGUCAGUAUCUUGUUAUAAUGACGAAAUAACCUUCAGGUCUAAGACAAAGUUAUUAUGAUUUACAAGUUGUUUUUUGUAUGGAAAAAAAGCCAAAGAUGGGCCAUGCUCUCAUGCCCAUACCCAAUACUGUGGUCCACUCAAAACUGUUUUUGAAAUCUGUUCUGGUAAUGUAAAAAACAGCUAACUCUGUGACACUGCAUGGCAGGGUUGUUGCUAACCUAUUUCCAACCAGAAAGUGAUGUAAAGGCACACACUUAGUCUGCAAACUCUUGGGUCAUCUGUGUUUCUAAAGGGUGAACACCAAAUGCCUCUUGAUGCUUUAACUUUCACAGCAAGGAAACUUGUAGUAAGCUUGGUUGCUUCUUUUGGCAUCCAGCUCCAAAAGUGUGACCUGUACUCAAACAAAACAUACUGACAUUUGGCUUGACAUGAUUAGAUAUUAAUGCUUAUCACUGACACAUAACUUAAAUCGCAGCCAUCUUAGUAGUUUUUAAAAUGCCAAAACUUGAUACGAUUAGCUUGAUUUACACCAGAACAAUUUCGAAACAGCUCGAACCAGAAGGGUGGCGGACACAUUAGGUUGGUGGUAUGAAAAUUAGUGAGCAGAUCGGCCAAAUUCCUUGACUGGAACUAAUUUUAAUUUGGUGGCGAUCCACCCAAAUGUUGAAAUAGUUCAGUAAGGAAGAAUGCUGUGGCCAGACCAACUUCAUUUUAUACUGCUAAUGUAACUCUGAGGAGCUCAACCAAAAUGACUCCCACUAAAACAUUUAAUUUCUUCUUGCAGUCAGAUGAUUUGUCAUUAAAACAAGAUCUUUUUUUUUUUUUAAAUUGUGGCCUCCAGGCUGUAGAAAUGUGCUCUGUACGGACUGAAGUAUGUUGAACUUGUGGCCACACCUGAGAGCAGCUGUGCAGUACAGCAGUCACUCUCUGUCCUCUGUGAUUCACCGUUGAUUUUGUCGAUUCACUGAUGUAGUGCCACAGCAGGUCGUCAGUGUGGAUGUGAGGCUCCGGAGGGAGAGUUGUAUCACAGCAGUGCUCGGUGACGAGUGUGACAUGGGUUGCUUGCACCAAAUCCCUGUGAAAUAGUUAAAUCAGUGUUAUUCAUCUUAUUGCCAGAAGUUGUCACUGUAUGAGCAAUAAAAAAAAAAAACAUUUACCAUCAUUCUUUGUGGUAAAUUGUCUACCUAAGCUCAAGAAAAACCCACGUGUCCCCCUCACUCACGCUCUGCUUGCACUUAAGGUUCCUGUGAGUCGGAUGUUUUCCUCCCCUGAUGACGAAAGCGAAGCAGAAGUUCAGUUCUGCUCUCCCAUAAUCACUGUUGAACUAUAAGGCCCUCCAUGAAUCUGCACUGUGUCUAUGUACACAAAAAAGCUUUUUCUUUUUCUCUGUAAGCAAUAAUGACGUCGCAUUAAAAGGCUCUCUCAGGGUUUGUCUACUGCUGAAGGAUGCAGCCAUACUUGAAAGGUCACAGAGCAUAAAUGAUGAGAUCUGGAAGUCAGUUUCUUAUUCUUUGUCCCCGCUAAGGGAGUGAUUGUGAGUCAUAAUAUGCUGCCUGUGGUAAGGGUUGCUUAAUGACACUCGUUCAACUCCUAUAACCAUUCAGAGAUAGUUCUUAGAGGUCACAUUGGGAAAAAUGAAUAAGUAGCUUUCUCUUUUUAAUAAAGGGGCUGUGAUCGGAGGCAGAGCAGUUUGAGUUAUCUCUGCAUUCCUCAGCAGGUUGUGGACAGAACCAAAGACAAACCCUGAGACCGGAUAUUCUUCAACAUGCGGGUUAGGUUAAAAAAAUAUAUAAAAAAACAGUAAAACACGUUGAGUACCUGUAUUAUCUGUGUUCCUGUAGUAUAUAAAUCUGUGUAUUGUAACUGGUGACUAAUUAUCAUGUAUAUAAAGAUUAGAACAAGUCUUCGGCUGUU